AUGACCACAGACGUUCAAUUUGUGCGACAAAAGUAGUGCACAGAGGCUAUUUUCUUACAUUGUGAUAUGAAAUAGUGUUGUUGCUUUUUUCUAAAACAAAACAGAUGAUAGUAAUUCUUUUUUUAUCAAACGGGUUUCUUUUGUUUCGAGCGAUAUCACUUUGCAUUAAAAUAAUUCCACACAGGCAAAAACAUUAGCCAACUAAAUGUUGCAAUAGCAUCUGAUAUGUAAACAAUAUGCCUGAGAAAUCCAGCCUUGCCGCGUCCAUCUCUGUUGUUUAUAAAUCAGUCCGCGGGGGGUCCUGAAUCAGCCUGUUUGCGGCGACCAGCGAGCUGCCUGCCUGCAAACUUGUUUAUCGAGUUGUUAGCCGGCUCGCUGUCAAGCCCCCUGCCUGAAACGUGCUGGGGUCGCUGCCAAAGGUCUAUGUAAGUUCUUCGUUACUUUCUAUAUUUUGUCUCACUGCGUCAAAGAACGAACAAAGUGUGUAAAAUUGUCUGGCUGACAGCGUAACAGUGCUAGUUAGCAGUUAGCAUUAAGCUAAUUUCCCUGGUCUCAGUUCAUUUGAACGAGCCAGGUUUGUUGAGCUGCACUGGCUAAUAGCUUACUUAUGAACUGAAAGCGUUUACUUAUGAUCGAUACCUCAUCGUUUAGAGGGACACUCCUCGACUAAGCCCUGUUUUUCACUUAAAAUGUAUGAAAUAGAAUCAGUACUGUUGAUUGACUGACUUUAAUUUGCAAAUAAGUUGGUGCUCUGUUGUAUUUUGUAUCCAUAUAUUGUGGAUAUGCCGCAGGAAAACAAAAAAGUUCAUUGUAUUAUCCCUUUAAUGCCUGGAACCACAAAUUAUGGCCAGAAAAUUCACAUGUUUUUGGAGCUGAAAUGUUUAUUUCACUUAUUACUGGAAACCAAAACAAAUCAAAAUGUCCUUAAAAUUUAACAAAUAUAUUUAUUUAUCUUGUUUGAUACAUUAGAUGUUUUUGGAAACUGAUAAACCACAAGAGGACAUUUUUAUUAUUUAAAAGACUGUAUUAAGGUGUUUUUUAGUAAUUUGAUGAUUAUAUUGAUUUGAUAGAAGCAUCAUAAAAGUAUAUCAAAUAUGAUACAAAAGACAAUAAAGGGUUAGGCAGGAUUUGUCAUGAUAAUCACUGUUUAUUUAAUGAUAAAUAUGUCAUGUCAGGUUAAAAUGGUGAGUUAAAAUAAAAACAGAAAACAAAGACAAGAAAAGACACAUUUAGCUCUAACAGAGGAGGAGCAAAUAAGAUUACAGGUUUGUUGGUGAAAUGUGCAGAAUUUAAUAGCUGCGUUAAAGGUUUGCCAAUCCAUUCUAAGUAAUCAGGUAACAAGUGCUAGGAUUUUGCUUCUUUACACAGAAAAAUCUGUCGUAGCUGAGAAAACUUAACAAUGGAUCUGCUGCAACUUUGAUAAUCUAUGUUUUGGUAGAAGGCCUGAAGAGUAAGUCCAUUUAAACACUUGAGCACAAACUUUGAAAUCACCCAAACUUAUUUAAUACCUUCUAACCAUCUUGAAUCUUAUUUUUAGUCAAAAUACCACAGUAAUGAUUUUUAGAUUGACUUUUUAAUCAAGGAUUUUCAAGGCCUGAUUUUAGAGGCACUCUAAGGAUUUGUUUACUUAUCUCUAAAAAUUACACCUAUCUAACUCUGGUUGCUGUUCUUCAACAUGUUUGAAAUAAGUUUUUGGGAAUAAUCCCUUUGAAAGUUCUAUCAAGUGCACUAGAGCCAUAAUAAGUACAGUGCUUUGUCAUGGCUGCCUGCUUUCAUUCUGUUUAUGUAGUGUAAUUUCUACGCUUCUGGCGUGGCACUUCAAGUUAUGGCAGUGCAUUUCACUACUAAAUACAGCAUCUACUUACUUGCCUACAUCUUAUUACUAUUGAUGCCAUUAUUAGAUACCUAGAGAGUCUUUAAUUUUGUUUUUUUGUCCCUCCCUCAUUCACAUUUGUCUUCGACUGUGUGCAUCUUAGUAAUAAAUACACGUAUACACAUGCACACAUACAUUAUAUAAUGAGUACUAGUUGGGGGAUACCAUCUCAUUUAAUAUUUUCCCUAAUCUGAGUUGAUCUUUCUGAUGCUGUCAAUAAAGCAUGAAAAGAGGAAACACUUGUACACAUCAUACCAGAGAUGACUUGUGAUUAAAUUUAAAAGAUUCACAGACUUAAUUUGAAACAUCAUUGUAUAGAUAUGUAGUCUUGUCUUUUGAUUUUUUGGUCUGUAAAUAGAUAUGAGUAUAAAGUAUGCAUGGACUAUUAAAAUUAUAUGAGCUAGCAAACUAGCCAUGUCUAUUUUUAGGUGUUUGAUAAGACAGAGUGUAGCCAGAUGCCUCAUUAGCUGCAGUUAUUCCCUGCUUGGCAUAGUUGACUCGCAGAUUGUGUUAAAUCUGGAACAUGAUCACAGUAUUGUAAGUUCUACUCGGUGAAGACAGGUGAACAAGGCAUCCUAGAGGCUGGUGAAAGCCCAUGUCACCAUGUUCACACUUUAACUAUUUAACAUCUAAAAUCCAGAACUGAAAGUGCCUCUUUAUGUCUUUAUGCUUCCCUGGCCCCAGGACCUAUUUUAAGAGCUUAUCCAAAUGAGAUCAGCCUUUUUGUGGCUCUUGCUAUUACUCUACCACUGGUCCUGUUUAAAUCAAUUCAGUUUCUCCAAAAACAAUGCUUUGAUCCUUGAUUUUAUCAACUCCAGCUCUUUUGUGUUUCUAAUUUCCUUGUCCCCCAACAUUUUGUUUUCAUCUCGGGCCAGCUGUUGUUUUCCAGCACCUCCCAGUAAUAUGUGUAAGAAGUUUUCUUCUCCAUGCCUCAGCCUUGUAAAAAUCCUUCUUUUCCUCUUUUCCUCAAGGAGUAACUUGACCAGCUUAACAUGAUAAAGUUGAAUUAGCUCAAACUCAAGAGAAGCAGUCCAACUGAAAUUGAUCUCUCAAAAGUGAUUUUGAUGUUCAUGCUAAUAAUGGUGUAAAGGACACAUUUUCUGCCUGUUUUGGCUUAUUUUCACUUAUCCAAACUUAACGCUAUAAAAGAGAGAGAAAUUCAUCCAAGACUUUGCCUGCACAGUGCACACACUUUCUUCGAACUUGUCAGGGAAGUUAUGAGGUGUCUGAAAACUGAAAUGCAGGGAGAUUUGCUUAUUUGUCAUGCAUAUUUGUCAUGAAAAUUACACAUAUUCUAAUGAUUAUCCUUCAACAAGAGUCAUCCGAAGCCAAUCCGCCAAAGUUUACCAGUCAUGAAAAUCCCAUUUGCACAUAAUUUGGAAGCAUAGGGAUCCAUAUGUCGGAAAACAUGUCUGAUUGUGAUUCUGAUUCUUCAGUAUAACAUUCACACUGUUUAAACUGUGAUUUAGGGAUAAACAGUUUUCGAUAAUGAAGCUGUACAAAGUAUAUUUCACAUUAGAAUGAAGGUAGGUCAGUUCUAAGAAAGCUUCUCAAACAUUUAUGGCCUCUGUGGAAACUUUUUUUCUGUUUUUAUGAGACUGUCACAGAGAAGUUACUUUACCCACUGGUCAUCAUGGAGGCUGUUGUUUGUGGUGGAGCUGUUCUGGCAUGCAAACCCUGUAACUGACAAACAUUUAUCUCCAUAGUAGUUGAGCUUUGUACUUACAAAUACCACCACUUUUCACAUUGUGUGUGUCAGUUAAGCAAACUUAAAUGAAAUAAGGUCAAUAUAUGAUUUCUCACUUGCCUUGUGUGCCAGAUUCAUGCAACCACAAUAAACAAACAGCUUUCAUUGAUAGCCCAAAGCCUCAAAUUUCUAAUCAGCAGAUAAUAAUUCUUGAUGUUCAGAUAUAAUUGUGUUACUAUUUUAAAUUAUUUCAUGCUUUUUGUUUUUUUGUCGUUUAGGUUUUUAGCUCGCUCCUGGUUCAAGAUGUCAGGUCACAAUCCUUUGUUGAGGCUGGAGCAGCGAGCAGCCGAGGCUGACCAGAUCAUCGAGUUCCUGAAACAACAAGUCCAGUUGCUGAAGGAGAAAGCCAGUAAGAAGCACACAAACACACAUGCACACGUAGAUGACUUUGAAACAUUGAUCCACAAAUUUGCUAAAAUUAUAACUACCUGUGUGGGACAGUUUAGAGUAAUGUCAAGCUGUAUUUCCAAAUUAUUCACUUGGCCUACAUUAGAAGAUAAAAAGUUCUUACUCUCCGCUCUGGCAGUGUGUAUUAAAAAAAAAAAGAUUAACUUCUUGCUGAGGGUUUAGGGUUAAGUCUUGCUAUGAUUCAAAGUCUCUCUCUGCCACUCUUUGUUUUAAUCUGAAUGAGAAUAACCUGAAUAGUGGAGAUCAUCUGUAUCACUAUAGUAACAUUGUUUGAUUAAAACUUUAGAAAUCAUUAGGGCUUCAGGAAAGCUCUAAAAGGCCAAUAAAAUAGAGAUUUGCACUGUUCAAAUCCACAAAGUGUAUCAGUGAAACCUUUAUUGAGUUUGCCGUCUCCAAAAAGACACAAUAUAGAUUUCAGUUGUUGGUCUUUACAUUUUAGCUGUAAUACAUUUGCAACAGUUCCAGAGCAGAUUUGAAGAUAUCCCAUGAGUGAGUGAAAUUUUACCCCAGUGCUGAGAGGUAACAAGAACUUUUCCCGCUGCAGUGGUCCAGGCCAGCAUCAGAGAAGAGAAGAAACUGAUGGUGGAGAACGCCAAGUUGAACAAUGACAUCGAGGAGCUAAAAAAACAGCUGCUGGAAAAAGAGAGGAGGAGGGGAGGUAUGUUGAGCUUGGUUCACAGCAAAGACUUCCAUUGAAGUUGAUAUGUAUGUUUGUUUGUCUUAAGAAAACCCCUUGAAGUUGUUAUCCUUUUCUAUCUAGUUUUAGGAAUAGUUAUGUGGGCCUGAUUUAGGAACAUUUGAUGUCAGUUGUUGCUCAUUACAGCGUUGUUUGGUUUGUACUAUCACUGAUAACAUCUUUUGUGUUUUCGCCUCAGCCCACUAUAACCAGAUUUUCUUCCUUUUUUUUCUGGUUUUAUUCUAAGCAACCAUUGUAUUCCAAGAAUCCUCAUAAGAGCUAUGAGGGCAACAUGUCUGUCAUCUAUUGUAUGUCUGACUUACGUUGACAUCCAAGGACAAACAUCUCAGAUCAUUAACACACACGUAAUGUUUUCCAGAAAGAAGUUGUAUGGAGAAAGCUGGAAGAAAUAAACUACUAAACUUUAUUUAAAAUAGCUCAAUAUGUUAGUGUUUGAACCCUAAAAGAAUGUGUUCCAAUACGACCGGGGCUAUGUUUUUCCACGCAUUAUAUUUAAUUGUGAUGUUUAUUUUUGGGCGGUUUCUAUCAAUGGCUUUAAGGUGGCACAAAAUAGCCCAAUCAAAACAAAGGAUAAAUAUGUGCGUUUUUCAAAGGAACUUCUGUUGGCUUUUGUAAUUUGUUCGUGAGAUGAGAGAUAUAAACAUUGGAACACAACCGUAAUAGCACUUGGCGAAAGCAUAAUUUCUCUUGUCGAGGAGAAAAGAAUUCUUCAACACCAAAAAUGUUUGACUGUGGUGGACUCAUGGAUGACUUCUGCAAAUUGUAAUUUCCAGAUAAGCAUUUUUCAAAUCCAGAAAACCUCAUCGAAUUUUAUGACAAACUUGGUUUUCCAGUAUUUGUCAAGCUGUUUUCUGUGUUACAAGACGCUAAAGACCUCGGCAGAGCUCAAGAGGGACUUGUGUGUGAUUAUUCUCUGUGGGUUUGUCAUUGUCAGCAUUCACUCUAACAUCACCCAGAGUUAUUGUUAACAUCAAAAUAUUGAUUAAUGCAGCAAUAAUUCAAAAUUCUUGCAAAGAUCCCAAUGUUCCCACAGGUAAACACACAAAAUGUGAAUCACAAUAAUUAAAAUCAAAUAACUGAGCAGCAGAGAGGCUCAUUUUAAGGACCAUGUGACAUGUGAGAAACCUCAAAAGUAAACCUAAGGGGCAUGUCAAGGGGUUAAGCGCUUAUUGCCUGUAAUUCCAAGGUAAACUGGUAAGAUCUCGAUCUCAGGUCCUACCAUAGAAUUAAGGUAAUUAAAAGCAUUAUGGUGACGGUGGUGUGCCUGCAGACCGAUGUUUGUCAGACACAGACACUGGAUUUUGUAGGAAUUCAAACAUCAGGCGCCUAAAAUGAGGGGUUACUUUUUCCUGGAGAGCUAUUGCAGGACAUUGUUCCCUGCUUUUAUGGCUCCACUUCCUUGUUUCCAUCUUCUUGGCAACUGUGUCAUUUUCCCUUCUAAACUGUUUGCAUCAGGAGAGCAGUCCUCUCCCUGGGAGGGUAAAUAAAGAUCCCCUUUAACAUUUCAUCUUGUGCAACCAGCUCAGUGCUACAAAAAGAAAAACACUGAGUAAGUGGUGUGCUCUGUGCAUUUGUGUAUUUAUUAUUUUAGUAGUUUUCAUCACGGCAGUGCUCUAUAUUAUUGUGAUUGGUACUUAAACUCAGCAUUGGGGAAACUACAUCAAAUAACAGCAAUAAUAGACAUGAAAAGGCAUCAGAUGGUAACCUCUGUCUGCUAUUAUGUCUUUCCAACACGACUCCUUAAUAAUUGUUCUCCCAACUCCUCCUUCUGUCAAUCUUGUAGUGCUCGAGGUAGCGAUGCCAUCGACUGGUGCCAUUGUAGAGUGCACCUCCAAGCCCACUCCCCCUCAACCCUCUGGACCGUCACCUGCUGCUGCUGCUGUCCAGAGUCCCCCUCCCAAAGAGGACGGUAAAAAGAAGAAGCCAGAGAAAAAAGGUAAUGGCAGAGGUGGGAAGUAAGGUACUUUGCAUGAUUUUAUGCUCAAUCCUUGAAGUUUUCGGGAAACUUUGUGUCACACAGAAACAUUUGUGUCAUUCUUUUUCAUGUUAAUUUUUAAAUAUAAACAGUCACUUAUGCCUUCCCAAGCAGUUUUUCUUCAUAUACUGUACAUUUUUGCUUCAGAUCACUUUUUUCUUCUUAUGUAAACAGACAUCCUGUUUGCAUUAUUUACAGUCUUUGUUCCUAAUAUCAGAUGCUUGGAGUAUGGAUCUUAGUUUAAAGAUAUUUACAGGCUACUUCCAGGCACUAAACACUCCGACAUUUUUGUCAAGCGUAGAGCAUCAGAAAAUCUUUGUCAGUGUAUUUACAGAAAAUCAGACUGUUUUGGUUUUGUUUUACCAAAGCUUUGUAGACUGAUCAGUACAACUUUCAGGAAUUGAUUGGAAAUGAUUAGCUCUCCAUGUGUUUGGGGAAGGGGAGGGGGGUGACUUAGAAAGAGAAGAAAGACCAUGACAAAUUCAUUGAUUUAAUUUCAUUUUUUUAACUCCAGAUGUUAGUAGGAUACUAAUGACCGAGGUUUUCUUCUGUUGCCGGCUAUCAAAGGCUAUAAGUAGCCGUGUUCUCACCUCAGCCAGCAGUCAUCACUUGUUAUUGUACAAACGCUUGUGUAGUCCUGCUAGCAUGACGUGGCUGUCUUGUCAUCACAGCUGAGCGCAGAGGAGUCAUGUAGAAUAUCAAAGGCAGAGGUUGGACUUCAUAUUCUUUGGCACUUGUACGGGCUCAGAGGAAUGAUUAAAGACUGUGAUCAUUUGAUCACUGGAGUGAAUGUGUGUAAGCUAACCAGGCCAGUGAAAAGUACUCCGUCUCCUGGGAGGAAGCAUCUGCUAUUCUGCUCUGUCACUUGAUCGGGUAGCACUCACAGCCAAAAAGGGGCACUGGUAUUGUCGUUUAGUCAAGGUGUUUUCAACAUUUCUGGGAAGGAGUGUCAAAGGAUUGAUUUUUCUCAACACUAUUUACUUAUGGUUCACUUGAAAAGCAUGACCAUGGCCCGCAUGCAUGCAUGCAACCCCCGGGGCCUGUCAUUUGUGAGCUUUGUUUUUAUUUAUGAGAGGAAAUUAAAUCAGAUUCCAGACAGAUGCCCAGUAUCGUUUCAAGUAUGAUUUGUUUUUUAUAAUUUCCCCUGGAAAGAUACCAGUCUGCUGAAACGUCUUUGGUGCCUUUUAAACAAACAUUUCCUAUAAUGUCACGCACAUUUAGCAUAAAAGCAUGAAAACUCUCGCAGAUGCUUCUUUUCAGCAAACCCUCCCUAACACAUGGCGAAUAGCUACUGUCUGAAUUUUUGUGCUGUCAGUACACCCAACCAAACUUCCAACACCCAACUAAAGUGCUAUUUCAGAUUCACCAAUUCUAGACUCAGAAAUACUAAAACGGUGUUAAAUAUCUAUAUGAGUCCCAAAGUUUAUCACCACUUUGGUUUCUGUAGGAGGGGAGAAAGCAGAGAAGAAGCAGGCAGCUCCAAGCCAAGAAGAAGUCAAGGUGGAUGUAUCUCGUUUGGACCUGCGCGUUGGCCGUAUAAUCACAGCAGAGAAGCACCCUGAUGCAGACAGUCUGUAUGUGGAGCAGGUCGACGUGGGAGAGCCGUCUCCAAGAACAGUUGUCAGUGGGCUAGUGAAGCAUAUACCUGUGGACCAGGUACAGUAUGACACACAACUCAUUAACACUUAGUAGUUUACACUGAAAACCCAACAAAAACAGUCUGAUACACAGCACUGAAAGUAACUCCUCUGAUGUAUAUUACUGCAGUUUUAUAUUAUUUUUCAUGCUGCUAAGAUCAGCCGUGUUUCCCACAGAAUGACAGUGUAUUAGUUUAUAUUGUAACUAAGUUAUUUCUUGUUCCCCUAAUGAAAUCAAACCUUGAUACACCGUAAAGUUUCCACAAUCCCCAGAUUAAUCUGCACAAGUAUUUCCCCAUAUCAUUUCUAUCCUAGAUUGAGAAAGCCAGCCAGCUUUACAAAUAAGCAGUGAUUUCUAAGUUCACUUUCUAUAUUUGAUAAAUCCACGGGUCAUUUAGUAGGCUUAAUGGCUCUUUUAAGCAAAGUCUUUACUAAUUAUCCUCAGAAAAAAUGUUGAUGCUUAUUUAGGAUCUUUAGAAAAUAUUUUCAUUAAUCUCACUUUAAUUGAUAGUUUUAGAGUGAUUUAAUUGUUAAAUUUACUUUAAUCUAAUUAGAAAAUAGUAGGUACUUUUAUGGUAGUCAAGAUUUCUUUGUAGCUAGCCUGUUCAUUUUUCAUAAGACGGGAAGUCCUUGCACAUUACACCUCUGCAUUAAAAUUUUUGACAGUCUGUGACUUAAAUGGGAACUAAUAUGCUUGUAAUUAUCAGUAACAAACCUUUCCAGGGUUUUUCCAAGAAAGAAAUAGACAGUACUUAAAUAUCUAACCAAAACUACUUGGAAAAGACCACAGUUACUCCACGUUUUUGUUCAAAUAUUAGGUGUUAGCCUCUGUAAGCUUUAAGGCCUUAAGUGCUCUGUGACCGCAGAUAGAAAGUCCAUGUUAUUCAUAAAGGUAAGAAAUCAUAAACCUAAACACAAUAUUUUCUUGUGAAGUGUUUUAUUGAAGCCAUCAAACAGGCAGGAGUGAAAAAUCUGCUGAAAUACAUUAUGGGUCCCGUGGCAGCACUCUUGAGUGUCUGCUAUGUGAGGAUAAAUAACAGGCUUCAUGCAGAAAUGGGAGUCUGAGACAAGCUAAUCAGAAAAUAACUGUUAAGACAAGUGUCUACGUUGCAAAAAAAAUAUUGCUGUGGUCUGACAGCUUGCUAUGUAAAUACAGUUACAGAACAUUAACAUAGUAACCCCGACUCGCCAAAACUGCCAAGAGAUGAAAAACGAAACUACCAUCUCACCCCUGUCCAAGCAACAUGAAGGAUUUUGGAUUUAUGUAGCAAUUUCUUAAAGAUGUGUUUGUAAAAAAAGAUGUAUGAUUAUUUUCUGAGGUCUGGUAUACAUCAUCUCAUAAAAUGCUGGAUUGCUCGUCUUCUUUGCUUGCUCUUGGCAGAAGCUGCCGUUGGUCUUCUUUUUCAAAUUUUGGUAAACCACAGAGGUCUCAAGGCUCAAGUUUUGUGUUUGCUCUCUCUGGUGUUUGAAAUGAGGCAAACAAACCAAAAACGCUGGACUCGGUCAUUCGAAAUUGAUUGAUUGAAAUUGGCAGUAAACUUUAAACUCAAUCCUGAAGGUCCGUGUCUUUUCUUACGGUGUUUUCUCUUUGUAAGUAAAACGUUUUUUCUCCUCUGUAGCUUGUGUGUAUGGGCACAAAUAUGGAUUGAAUCCUCUGUCCCUCAUGCAGAUGCAAAACCGCAUGGCAGUCCUGAUGUGUAACCUCAAGCCAGCCAAGAUGAGAGGAGUGGUGUCCCAGGCCAUGGUUAUGUGUGCCAGCUCCCCAGAGAAAGUGGAAAUCCUGGACCCUCCAAGUGGAUCAGUUCCUGGGGACAGAAUUACUUUCCAGGGCUUCCCAGGUAUGAAAACCCAAAAACUGUUCAUUUAGAAACAGAUCUACGAUUAGGAUAAGGUUUAAACAUUAAGGUCAUGACCAACAUCACAGACAUCAGGAAUUUGCCAGUAAGAUUCUCAUGAUUGUGUUCCCAGAUUCAAAAAGAGCCUCUGUCCCUCGGAGAUGAAGUUGUUAACACCUGCUACAAAAUAUAAAACUUAAGUUCUUGCAUGUUUUCCUCUAAAGACACACUUACCAGUCAUUGGACGGCUCCUCACUUGUAUUUGGUGGCGGUUUAAUAGAAAAAAAUCAGGAUAUAUUGCUUGAAAUGUAACCUACUUUCUUGUUUCCUUAAGGCAGUCUGGUAAAAAGUGCCAAACUAUGUAGUAAAGUUCCUCAGACGUAGGAGUUUGGAAGCAAAAAGUGUAGGAGUUAUAUUAAGCAUGAAUUAUGAUAUGAGACUAGAGUCCUCUCUGUGAAGUAUUCAUCAGGGGGAUUGUAUUAAAUUUGUCCUAAAUUCAACAACAGCCACCAAACAAGACAGCAUGGUUGUAAUUUCAGUCCCUGGCUUUAAAACUCACAUUUAUAAUAAAGUCAGCAAAGCUGAAUAUUGGUGCUGAGCUGAUGAUUUAUCUUGUUAUUCCUGUCUUCUUUGGGAACAAUAAAAAGGGGGAGUUCCCUGAGAAGAAACUACAGGGAGGUUUUGAUGAAGGUGGAUCUGUGGUCCAAUUACCCACAUCCCAGCUGCAUCAGGCUUUUCAUCCCUGCUGUCCACAUGUCCCAGCCACUCCUAAAAGCUCCAUUAUUCCCUUAUUCAUCAUCCCUUAUUCAUGAGAAAUCUCUUUGGCCAGAAUCAUUUUUAUGGAUGCUACAUUAAAAAGACUCUAACCAUACUCUGGAAAAAAUAGUCCUCAGGAGAACCAAAAGAAGAGAGCGUAGAGCAGAGGUGAAAUUGUUGGAUUUAUUUGUUGUGGUGUACAGUAAAACUGAAGCAGCUCUCUGACUUUGAAAAUAUGGAAAAUAAGAGGUGAAAGAGGUUUGUCCCUUUCCAUACCUCCCUCUUGUCCCUCCUUAAAGCUCCACAGUACAGAUUCAGUUUCAGCCAAUCCACUGCUAGUGUGAAAACAUGGUUGUAAUGGCCCACAUGUCCUCAACUAAUUGGGUCCAGUGCUUCAGCUUGAACUUAAGAAUGUGCACAAGUUGCUCAUCAAAACCUCCUUCACGCUUCUGAUCAAAAAGGACCGUUGCCACUCUUGGGUUGUAAACCAGCAGAAAUGGCAGCUCUGGGAAAUGAAACACAUUUGUGUCCUCAUGCCAUAAGAGGGUUGUAGAGAGAGGAAAAAGUUGACACCGGACAGAAGCCAGACAGUACAGGCUAUGAUUUUUCACUUAUGCCAAGCAACAUCAAAAACAAAGAGAGCCUCAUUUAAUUGUUUUCCAUGGACGCACGUUUUGAUUCUGAGAAUCUCGGUCAAGAUGUUUUGAGUUACAGCUAAGAAGAAGCUGAUGCUCUGAUAGAACACAAAAGUAAGUCAAACUGCUGACAAUUGGAGAGGGAGGAAUAAAAUGAGAAUACGCCAGAUAAAUCAUGUCUGUAAGGGGAAGUCAUUUGAUCAUAAUAUGUUCUGGCCUCGUCUUACAAUAGAGAUGGUAUCAGUGUAUGAUGAAUAAGAAGAGUCCAUAAAGCCAUCUGUCAAUGUGUCAUGGUAUGAAUAUAUUAAAACAGUUUUUCAGGAGGUUAUGCAAGGACAUGACACGUUUUCAAAAGUUCAUAAAACAACAAUCUCCGAUCCAUAAAUCCUGCAAAUCCUUCAUGUGUGAUGGAUGAGCGCAGAGCAGGAGGAUUUUCUUAAUGCCUCAAAAAUGAUCUUUUGAUUGCAGGUGAACCCGACAAAGAACUCAACCCCAAAAAGAAGGUGUGGGAGCAGGUCCAGCCAGACCUGCGCACAGAUGACCAGUGUGUCGCGACCUACAAGGGGGCAGCCUUUGAAGUUUCCGGCAAGGGAGUUUGCAAAGCUCAAACCAUGAGCAACAGCGGAAUCAAGUAGCUGAAUGAAGUAGCUGAGUGUUUACUUGGCAGUCGUCUGCAGCGAUGACCACGGUGCUGUUGAGAAACAUGGAAGGUGAUGAAUUGAAGAAACAACUUUUGAAGAUACUCAAUAAAGGGAUUUAAAAUGAAACGUUUUAGUCGUGUCCGAGGAAUUUCUCAGCAACAAUUUGUUUUUCACUUGCGCUCUAAAUCAUACACAGCCCUGGUUUGUGAAUUAGAGUUAAUCAUUACAAUUGUGUUCCUGCUUACGUUCCCCAGAGGCACUUUAGCUUGAUUGUGAAUUGAUUUUGAGGUCAUAACGUUAGAGGACAUUCUGUACUGGACUUAAAUAAGCGCUAUUGGUUUCCGCUUCAUCUAGUCUCGGGCAUUUUAAUUAGCUUGAGAUCAAACAGGGAUGUAAUACUUAAAAGCCUAACAAAAACAGAUCAGGUUCCCAAGCUCUUUGGAGAGGCUAUUUAGCUAGUGCUCACUUCUCUCCAAUCCUCUGGCUCACUGUAAGUAUCUUAAUCUUGUCUCUGUGAUGUCAGCACCAUGAGCUUUGUUUUAUUAUCCUCUUGAAAGAAAAGCUCUGCCCACCUACGGAAGUAUCAAACAACACAAAAGAGACCGACAGGGAGACGUUCACUGGAGCCUCUAAUGUUACAAUAACGGUAAUUGAGGUAGUCCUCUCGACAAAAACAUCUGUCAGGGGUCAAAGCCGUUGCACAGAGCGUCUGCUUACUGUUUUAAAAAAGUAUGAGGCACUUCAGCAAGUGUCCUGCAGCACUACAACUGUCAAAGCAAGCCUCUAAAUAACUGGUUACACAUUUGUCAGCUUGUAGGUGUUAGUGAGGUAAAGCAGCAAUGUAACACAAAUAAAGGAAAGACAUAAAAGUGAAUUGAAUUCUUGGAAAAGCAUUCAGUUGUGUAAAAGUUGGAGUCAAUAUGUUAUUAAGUGCUAAGAAAUGCAAUAUUGCAACAGUACAAAACAAUUAGCAAUUUUGCUGAGCUCAGCUGAGAAAAAACUCAAGAUUUUUGAGCUUCUCUGAUGAGAUUAAACCACCAUGAAGAGUAAAUAAUGAACAGUUUAACUCAAGGAGAUACACGACAUUACACAGCGGUUGAUUCACUCAAGUUAACUUCAUCUUUUAGGUUUAUUCACCAGAAUGUCACUGCGGCCUUUUUACACUAAAGUUAAUUCCUUAUACAUUGCCCAUAAUGACAAUAUGAUGAUACAGUAAUUCUUCUAUGAUGAGCAGAAUUAAAGUCAGACAUCGAGAGGAGGCAUGGAGUUCUUUUCGAGUGUGAUCAGAUAGGUGAGGAUUUCUCUCUAAAGCACCCAAUUACUUUCAAAUUGAACUAACAUUCUGCACAAGCAACUCAGUAAUGUAAUUGCUUGAGUUGGUAGGAGAGUAUUCUGCUGCACUGAUAAUGUGUCCAACCCCUAAUCAAAAUGGUAUUUUCAUUUCCCAGUCGAGGAGUUAUGUCAAUGUGAUGGAUUAAAUAGCAUCCUCUGGUGAUUACAUUCUUUCAAACGUCUAAAACUUCCUUUUUCAGCUCUCUUUACAACUGAAGUGAAAAUAACUGUUUAUAGCUUUUAAGGAGGAAAACCUCUCAUUUUGGUUAAGACGACACCGGCAGUUCGAGAAAGUGACCUGAAGCAUAUUCACACUCUAACCACGUUGUUCUUUCCAGGUUUUAUGGGACCAAAAGGAGUGUUGCAACCUGAGAGAGAGCUCAUUCCAGGUUAUUUUAAGUCAGGCAUUUGCUGACAACAUGUUUCCUAAUUGAAUUUUCAGCUGCAGAUUUUUGCAUUAUUUGAAGCAGUCAAAUAUUCAGUCCUGACGGAGACACUGUGUGGGAUCUGGGUAAGAGCUUCGGGGUUUUGAUCAGUGCAUCUUUAUUUCUCAGGCCACUUUAUUUCUAAGUUUACAAGUUUGUCUGUAAAAUCGGGUGUGGUAAUGAUGUUGGAGUUCAUUUACAAAUGGCAGGUUGAAGCUUUACACAUGCUCUGUGUUAAAUUUUAUACUUCUUAUGUCCAAAAGCAACUCCAUUGUUGCUCCAGAUAUUCCGAUAGUGUCUGCUUAGCACUGCCAAAAAUGAAAACAGGGAAGACCUGUAGGUGUUGCUGCUUUAUUAUUCCCACCUCAUCAGUUAUCCUCUAGGUUACACUCAACGUGACCUCGGCAAAAAAAUAAUAAUUCUGAGUGGAGGCCUGUAUUGAGGUGGACACACAUAAAUGCAACACCUCCAAACACGAACGAACAUAUGGGGAAAAGAGAGGGGAAAUUCUGGAAAAACCCAAACAAAUCUUUUGAUGUGAUGGAGCUUAAGUCAGCCAUCUGAAAACAGGAUUUGGUGUGUCAGUAUCUAUGACUAACAGGAACAUUUGAUAGUACUUUUCUCUAAAUGUUUGAUUCAAAGUUCCCCAAAGUGUGACCCAAUAGCCAGAACAUCAUGAAACAGCAGGGGCCACGAGAAAUAUAUUUCUCAUUUCUGCAGCCAAGUAGUCAGUUUGUGUCCAGGCGUUAAAGUCAAAUUAUGACAGGUCUUUAUGAAAGAAUCUAGACCUCUGGCAUCAAAGUCGUGGUUUAUAUUGGAUUAAGAUUUGCAUAGCAGGAUUGUUUUUGGUGUGAAUCAAAACGUGAUGUGUUUCCUGAUUAUUUCAAGACCAUUUGGAUGUGUGUACAGCCUUGUCAAAUUGAUAAAUGUGUUAUUGUUUUGAUUUUUCCCCCCCAAUUCUCCGCUUUUAAAUGACGCAUUAGCUGCUGAUAUAUUUCAUCAUGUUUGUUAUGUAGCAAUAAAAUUUCCCCACGCAAGAUAGUUUGAACUGCUGGAUCAACAGUGGCCUCAUAUCCCUCUUUUGUGCAACACAAUAAUGAAAACAGAGUUAUGUUUAAAUAUAUAUUACAGUUUUACAGUAGCUGUUCGCUGUAACUCGAACCAAGAACUUCUUCAAAACUUCGGCUCCUUGAAUGCAGUCAGUGGAAUUAGAAAUGAAGUCUUCAUGCUUUAGUAAAACUAUUUAAAAUCUUGAGGUUUUACCAUUUAUCACUAUCAUUUAUCUGCUUCUUAUUUAGGGUUGGCCUUGUUGUCCAAACUCUUCAUUGUCUGAUUUAUCACCAGGACUGUUUGUGUUUAAAGACCGGUCACAACCAAGAGCCACACCAAGCUUUUAUUUUUACUUGGCACAGAUAUCCUGCAAUGAUGCACUAAUGAAAAGGGAUCCAGUUUGGCAAUGUUAUAUAAACCAUGGUUUGUCCAUACCAUUGUAAGUAGUCUUUUAGUCAAAGAAAGGCCUGCAAAUGUUUUUUUUAAUUAUCAUUUAUCAGUAAAUAGUCACGUUACCCCUACUGAUAAGUAAGUUUAAUCAUGAAAGCUACAUUAACUAAAUGAGUUUUAAUGGUUACAAUGCUGACAGAUACAAACUCGAACUUUGCAAUUUAAAGUUUCUGGUCGGGGCCAGAAGAGGUCAGGUUUCCAAUCACUCCUACUGAACAGUUUUCUCUACACCAGUCUCAGGUCCAGAGGAGGGACAACAUGCGUGUGGCCUAGAGAAACCUGAGUGCUCUGAUCGAUGUUGAUGUCGACACUUUGCAUCUUCCUCUGCCUCCUCAUGGGUGUCUCGUGGGACCUCAGGUAUGGGACCUCAGAUUGACUGUUGGCGUAGUGGAAAUGUAGUAACAUUUAUUCAAAGCCAAGUGUCUAGUUACCUUGUUCAUGUUACUUUAAACUCUCCAUGUAUCCUAUAUUUUUAGUUUUGACUCAAAUAGAUUAAAAAACACAUUUGGGCAUCAAGCUCAGUAGAUUUAAGGCAUUUAUACUAGAAUCUCACUAUUUUUACUUCAUCUGUUUGUUGCUUUUAGGUACAACAAACUUGUCUGAUUAAUAUUCAGCUGACAAGUACAAAUGCCACCAAGGGAGACUGGAAAUAGUGGUAGGUUUUCAGGUUGGACAACCAAAGUUAUAAUCUUAGAUUAAAAGGCCUAGAAGAGCCCAGAUCCACUCUCAUGCACAUUACUUUGGAAACUUCUGUUGUCUAAUCUCUUUUCAAGAAGCAUUAGUGACUGGCCACCUUUUCUGUUAUCUAAAAUGCCUUUAAAACAAUCUCAAUAGAUUUAUCAUAUUACACUGGCACCAUUAUAAGUUAACUGUUGAGAUUGGCCCUGACCAGGUGGGCUUGUUAUCUGGCUGACUGGGCCAAGGACCACAUGCGUGUGCCAGAGCAAAUAAAACACAAAGUCCCUGAUUUACUCGGUUCUCAGGCUGGAAAAGCUGCAGAGUCAGGUGAUGAUUACCUCUGGCUGUGCCACACUUUUAUCGUACUGCACACCAAUCAUUUUCCUACCAAUAUUAAAAGAUCCAGAUUAGUGGAUCUGUUAGCAGUUAAACUAUAUUCUUUAUGUGCUGCUUAACCUGCUGGAGAUCUUCCAGUUUCAGCGAUUUUCACAUCAGAUUGAAGUGAAUAUGUAUAAACCUCUCUGAUUCUGAUUCUGAUUCUUGAGUGUGGGUGGUUAUUCUGUAAUGAGGGAUUCGUUUAGUGUGACCAAUCCGGAUUUGGAUCGAAAUCGCUCAUUAACAGGCAAACUACAAGUUAGAAUAAUCAACAUCUUCUUUUCAAAACUAGCAGAUGUGGAGGACUAUGAUAAAGAAGAAAAGAGACUGUUGAGUGAGCAAAGGGGAGGAGAGUGAAAUAAACCUCCUCAGACAUAUUUUGGCUGCAGUUGAAAGUGAAGCUCUCGCAUGCUCCUCUGUGUGUGGUUUUAUGCUUCAUCAGUGUUCACAAUGAACCUAAUUAUCCAAGCUUCUCUUUCAGCUGCAGGAAAUCCAUCAUCCACAUUAUGAGCCCUGCUGGACAUUUAAAAGCCAUGCUCACAUUGAAAUUAACACGGUUGUGGUGGAGUACGUGUUUUGAGAGGAAUCUGCAGAGCCACUGUAAUUCCAGCUGGUAGCAUUAGUGAGCAAAGUCCUGCUCAGUGUUCUCACUUGUUACUUAAUUGCUGUGAUUUUUUUUGUUAUCAAAGGCAACAGUAAUACAACGACAGGAAUCAAAGGAUAGAUUAUUUUCUUGAGAACCAAAGACUUAAUACAACUCUUUCUUUCUUUUUUUUUUUUUUUUAGGGGAACAGCGUCAUGUUGUCUGAGGUCGUCCAUGUCGUUGACUGCCUACAUCUGUCAAGCAAAAAAAGGUAAAUGCACAGGUAGCUAUACAUCUGAGCAACUGCUUUUAAUGGCACUGGUGUUUUUAGUCUUUUUUUAAUAGUUGUUAAAUUGGUGUUUGUCAGAAGUUUCUGCUCACUAAAAGUUUUAACUUAUACAUACUUAUUUUUUUGUUUUUCAUUUGUUUUAAUUAGAGUAAAACCUUGAAAAAUUCAAUAUUAUAUUAACAGGUCAAACAUGUAAUGUACUCACUGAUAUACCACUGUUCCACUGACUGACUGAGUUUUCACAAACUUAAAGCUCCUGCAAGUCAAUUUGUGACACACAUGAAAGUAGCUGAAAGUCAUGCUGAUGCUUUUUUAUGAUAUACAAACAUAAACAAAAUCAUCAGCAACAAGAUUAAUUACUUUAUUUUGAAAUUUUUAAAGCCUGAAAACAGUGUGAGGGGACAGGUGUCAGCCAAGCUGCUAAAGAAACAGUCCUGUUUUAAGAUUUCCUGAUAAUGAUACUGUCGCCUGUCAAAAGUUGUCAGGAUGAGUUUUUUUUUUUUAACUUAAGCAUGAAGACACUAAGAUGAGCGAUGACUGCUUUGUCCAGAGGGGGUAAAAAAAAUCUUCACAGUAGCUUUAAGUCCAGUAGGUUUCCCAUUCUGUUAAAAAAUGUAUGGUUAAAAAAACCCUGUAAACGCUCCAGAAUACAGCAAAGAAAGUAAAACGUGUGUUGUUUGCAUGCAGUUACGGCUGAAAGUCAUAUUUAAGUCUCAAAAUAUGUUGGUUAAAUCUGUAAAAAGGUCUUAAAAGUCAAAGAAUUUGACAUCAAGAUUCCUGCAUGUUUCCUGAUCUCUUCAUCGUGUGCCAUUUUCAAAGCAAAUAUUUUGUCUAGUCAUUGUGGGAAAAGUUCAGGUUUUAUACAUAAAGAUGAGCCUUUUUUCAUGAUACCAGGACCCUAAAAGUGAAGCAUAUAAAUGAGGAAAAGCCAUCAUUAACUAUAUCAUUUACACCUUUGCUCUUUCUCUUGUGAAAAUUCAUGUCCUCUGUGGAAAUGGCUUAUACUUGGGCUGAAAAACUGACAAAUUUAAUGCCAAGGGAAGGUUUUAUGUAACCACAGACUCUGUGUCUCUUCAAGAAGAAAAACCACAAUUGGGGGAUCAUUUAUUGUACUUCUGACACCUUGAGAGUUGCUGUGCUGACCACAGGAGGGCAGAGCCCCACCACUAAAUUACCAUCCCCAGUGUACAAAGAGAAUAAGCUUUGUGUGUCUCAUUGUACUCUUCAAUUGGCUUGAUUGAGCUGACCUUUCGUGUGGAAAGCUGCCUUUUUUCCCUUCGUUGAUGUUUCAGCCAACCUGAAGUGGCAGGAGCGAAGUCCUGCUCACGCAGAAUCAUUCACUGCUGCAUUAUGUGUCAGGAGACGCAGAGCAGGAGGAAGUAUUAGAUUACUGUAUAAUUAUCCAUCAGAGGGAAAUCUUUUGUUUGUUCUUAUCUGAUCCAUACAGGGCUGGUACAUAUUGCCAUCCAUUUCUUAUCAACUCGCAUAGAAUUGUGUUGAAAGGCAAUAUUGUAAGCAGAAAUGUAAGUUUUACAAAAAUCUAUCAGAGGGGAGUAAAUAAGGAUGUGGUUAGCGGCGCUAAUUACAGGACCUAUUGCCAAAGAAUGGAGAAGGAAAAGGCUGCUGAGACAUGUGUUUUGUGUUGCACCCUUUGCUCUUAUAACCUCAUUUGUCUCAGGAGAAGGCUGGGAACCAGUUUAAUUCAAAACAGUUUUUAACAAGCUAAAUUUGUAAGACCAGAUCACCAAUCAGCUUUGAAAUCAAUUCUAGGCUAAGAAUAACACAUCCCACGCAAAACUGACCCUUAGGGAGUGUCUGGAGUAGCACCACUGAAACCCCGCUCAGGGUCUAGUCGGUGUCUUGAUGAGCUCACUCGUCUCUCAUCAGUCAGCUGGCUUGUGGAGACACUUUUGCUUGCCAGAGAAGAUAAGACAAUUGACAGAGAGAGUCUCCAGCUGAAACUCGGGCCUCUCAGACAGCUCUGCCUUGUUUUAAUUUUCCACCACACUUAAUGAGUCAGUGUGCAUGUGUCCAUGGAGGGGGGAGGAGGGAAGUUCCCAGGAGGAAACUUUUGAGGUGAGGACCGUGAUUAGAAUCAAACAAGGACACCACUGUCCCCUGCAUCCUCAGGUGAAACCCAAGAAAACAAGGAAGAGAAAUGUGAAUGAGGGCUUUUUUUCUCUUCUGACAAAUUAAGACUUGAAGUUGAGAGCCUUUGCUGUUUUGGGUUAUGGUUUCUUGCUUGUUAAAUGGCCUGCUUAUAACACCAUGGCUUAUUUUUAUGCCACCACUUAGGGGUGAUGGGUUUGAGGUAUGAUGUUGGAUGACAGUCAGAAGUGUAAGGUAAGGGUAAUUUUAUACCUGGCGAAUUAGGGAGCACAAUAAUUUGAUUUACUGAGAGAGAGUUGGACAAGGAGCUCUUGUUUCGCUGUGGUUGUUGUCUUAUAAUGCAUUAUUAUUCCGAGAAUGAGAUCAGUUUACCUUUGUACGCUUCGUCAGGGUUUUUGUUUAAGGACAAAAUCCGACUCACAUGAAAGCAGAUGGAGCCAACAUGCAGUCAAUUACCAGACAGGGACAAACGAUAUAGUGAUAUUAGUGAAAAGCAGCAUGUAAUCCAGCUUUGUCUGGAAUAACAUGUGGCGCGCUCAGUGGAACAGCUGUUUUAGGUAUAAACAACAAAGACCGGCAUUAUCAGUGCCCGCAGUUUGGACUGUUGUCGCCACAUUGGAUAUAACGUUCCUGUUUUCAUGUUUGUUGAUUUGCUUUAUUUAUCCAUAGCAUUUGGGGGGAGACCCUUGUUCACGGACAGUUGAGGAAGUGCUGAUGUAGCGGUUUGAUAUCCUGGCUCUGAAUCACUAAAUAACCACACAUGCAUGCAAUUAGACUGAGAUCAAGCUAACCCUUAAGAAUGAAGCUAGAAAUCAUCUGGCAUCUUUGACAAGGUAGAAGAAAUCAUCUCCAUAUCACUGUGUAAAAAAAAGCUGAUACAGUUUCAGUCUUUCAUGAACACGACAUCAUUGAUUAAUUUGGGCGUGGAGCAGGUGGUUCCAUCUUGAAUAUCACUUCAUGCUGCCCAGCAGCUGUGACUAAUGCGAAUGAGUUUUCCCAAAGUAUUCAAGCUCUGUAUCACUCCAGUAACACAACAUCAGACACUGGAAACACUGAGUGGAAUGACUUCAGUGUCUCCUAAUAGUCAGACCAAAAGGCUGAACUCCAGAAAAAAAAAAACAACAACACCUGAGCUAUGUCGCUGACUCACUGCUCUGCGUGCGUGUUCUGGUUACAAACACCCCUAAGCAGCCAAGAGGGGCAUGGUGGGCUCUGAAGAGACCCCUGAGUGGAAAAACACAUAAGCUAUGACUGUGCUUGACAAGCUUCUUGCUCAAUGAUGAAGCAAUACUCUCUUUUUAGGAAUAAUCUCGUCACUUGCUGCUUUGAAGGCAUUUUAAACAGACAGUUACAUCUGUUGUAUGUUUAGUGCCAUGACUGUCUUCAGUUUGUUUAAAGUCACGCCAGCGAGGUGGGGCGGCAGCGAUGUCUAGUCUGUCAGCCUGGGUCCACAACUGUCUGGCUCAAGUAUUUCAACUGUUUAAUGGAUUGCCAUUAAAUUUCAUACAAGCAUUUAUGUUUCCAAGGUGACAAUCCUCAUGCUCUUUUUGGAUCUCUAGACGGUUUCCCUCAGACUGCUACUAGGCUCAAAUCCAUGGAGGUCAAAGUAUUUCCACACUGUGAGAUAAAGUUAUCCUUGAUAUUAAGUAUAAUUAUGUCCAUCUAUUACAGCCAAGACAGAAAACCACAUGCUAACAGAGCAAAGUCCUGACUCUCAAAACAGGAAAUCUUGAUUCGUGCUCAGACAUGACUUGAGAAUUAACAAUCAUGAACGACAGAUCAGGAGCUACGACGGUCAGCAAGCCAACUGUUGUUAGCUGCUUAGCAAAGUGUCACAUCAGUUGUAGUUUGUGUUCAGCUUUAUGUCAAGUAUAUGCUACUUGCCAUGGCUACAUUUGUGGAGAAUUUCACUCACUUGGAGAACUGGAGAACAGCCUUGAAGUAGCAGAACAGAUCCAAAGCAAGUCUUAUUAUCUUAAAUUAGAAUAAAAAUAUUAGCAAAAAGACACCGAGUAUGGAGUAGCUUAGCUGCUACCUGGUAAUGUACCCAGCUAUCACUCAAAGUAAUUUCCUCUUUCAUUUUUUCCUCACUCUAGACCUUAAAGGUAUAGUUUGGUGUUUCUGGAAUAAAGCUAUUAGAGGUAUGCUCGCCAAUAGUAAGGAUAUAACCCCACAGAGGAUCCUGGUCGGGUGAUACCUUGAUUGAAAAACAAGGGUAGAAUUGGCACUACUAAUGCAGACGGCCAAACUGUUCACAUAAUUUAGCUCAUUUUUAGAGAACCUAAAACCUAAACAUCCGUAUAUGUGCAAGUGCACACUCUGUUAAACACUUGCAGUGCUUUACCUCAAUUAAGAUAUUUUUUUAUCUGCCUUUUUUUAGGACUUGUGUCUGACCAGAAACCUAAAAAAUAAAUCCCCUCCCAGCAGCCCCAGCUAGUUAACAAAAGUAAGCUGAUCAUUCACUUUUAAACAGAGAUAGUAAACUUAAUUAACAUUUUUCAAAACACAAGCAUGUAGCAUUGUCAUCCAAAGCAUAAUAGCAUGCUAGUGUUAGCAUUUAGCCAAAAACACAACUGCCUUUAAGAGCCUCUUGGAGCGCCUAGCUGUUCUGUAGUCUUGUUUCUCCACAGCAAAACCCACAAGUCGCAUGCCAAACUACCACCAUGCCUCUGUUAGCCUCACAGUCUGAAGUGCUAACAUGUAAUUUAGGGUUUGCCAUGAGAAAACUCAGGCCCUGACUCCAGCAGCUUAAACCCUGUCAGUCAGAUCUGCCUUAUCAUCCAGCACUUGAUUGAGAGAUACGCUUAGUGUCACGUAGGAGGAUAAAGCCGUCUCUUCCACUGAUCUUAUCUCACAGGAGGCCUCAGAUUAUGUUACAGCAGUAAACAAAAAAAGUCACAGUCAAAGAUAAAUGGAGCUCCAUGCAGGCCCAUUCUCCGACACAAUAACAAAGACAUGCAAAUCAGUUCCUCUGACUAACAGACUUUUUCUGACUUAUUCAUCAAAGGUAGAUUUAAUAUGCUUAAAAAAUCAAUUCUGAUCCACUCGCAGUGCGAUUGAUUUUCAUGACCAGGGGAGAGAACAUGGAACAGUUUUCAUGGUCUUUAUCUUGAAGGAGAUCUUUCAAGACGAGGCUCUAUGCCACUUUGAAGGGAAUUAUUUGCAUAUGAUGUCAGAUCUGUUCAUGUGUGGACAAAUGUUUGGAAUUAUGGCACGAAAGCAAAGACAGUCACUUAAAAACUGAGCUGUCCAAUGUGCUGAAUCCUAGGAGAAAGAUGAAACUAGAGAUAAAAACUUACAGAAAACUUAUUAACAUCCUCAUUAAGAUUAAAUAAGUAAAGUGAAGCGUCUCUUUUCUACAGCCUUUAGCUCCUUUCAUAUAACUGAUAGUGAAUUUUUAAGUAUUUCAAUGACAAAACUCAAUAUGCUCAUCGAUUGAUUUUGUGUAUUAAGAUUUUCACAUCUUUAUAUUUAAGAUAACUUUUUUAAAGAAAUGAAGAACCAGGUUUAUCUAUACAUUUGACUGUGUGAAAGUGUUAGCUGUGUGUGUGUGUAUGGGCGAUGUGAGAAUAAUAGAUAGCAUGAGAAUCCUGUUUUUUUCCCAAAGCGGAACACUGAAAGGAUGUCCACUAAAGAAUCACAUCAGUCUGUCCCGUGGAGACACUUAGAUAAACACACAGCUAAAAUAGAGGAGGAGUCAGGUUGCACCGUGAGGUAUUGGUAAGAGAAAGGAGAAGCAAAAGGCAUUGUGAAAGCAUUGUAGUCGCUCUAUUUUCUAUCCCAGGUAAUUUUUUUUCCGCUCUUUGCAGACCGGACACCCAUAAUUUCUCAAACAAACACAUGAAAACAUCCUUCAAAGCCUGAAAACAAAAGCCUGGAGACCUGAUAUAAUAAUUGGAGGUGGGUGAGUAGAGAGGCUCUCAGGAGGUUGGCCAUGGCCUGAGGAGACAGCUGGACCAAUGAGGCUUCUUUUUGAUGGGGCCUUUGGCUGGCUUUAUCAGUUGAUGGUCAACGGGGUCAUGGCUUGAAACAGAAACUAUGAAAAGUUAGGGGUCAUUUACAACAACUGUCAUCACUUAGCAUUUCACCUGAGGACACCGUGGAUGGUUAGACUGCCACUGACUGAUGCUUGAAUCACAGUUUGAAUCACUGAGCAGCUCAGCCUUGCAACAUUUUACACAUGAACUCUGUCCUUUUUUGUUUUUGUUUAUUUUUUAGAAACUGCUAAAUGCAAAUGUUGAUUUACUCUCAUAUUUUCCGAUACAUUUCUGAGUUUUUCAACGAGACAAAAGUAGAAAUCAGGAUGCACUGAUCGUGCUGAACCCUCUAUUCAAAAAAAAACAAGACCUUUGAAAAACACCCAAGCCAGAAGGAAAAUUCCCCUUAUGAAUCAUACACAUGUAUUUGGAAACUAGAGUCAAACUAUCAAUAUCUUGAGAAAAGGAGUUAAGGUGGAGCUGACAUGAACAUCUUCAGGCUGUCAUACAAGAUUUAUCUCUCUUUUGUCCUCCAGUAGAGAUGUUUGAGAAGUGAGUGAUAUUAUUUUGAGUUAGGAGGAGCAGAGAAAGAAAUCAAAUCAAAGCCAUAUAAAAACAUACAAGUGUGUGAUUACAGGGGUUUUUAUGCAGAUGUUUGUGUUUCCAAUCAAGUAAUGUAGGACACUGAGACCAUGAAUGUGCCGGAGAACAACGCUUUGAUGGAAAAAACUCAUAUGAGAUGAAAAACUAAUAGGCAAACAAUGGCAUUACAUCAGGCUUUUGGGAGCAGCACAAAUUUUGCCUCAAUUGAACAUUUUUCUUCUCACUUUGAAUUCUGAACUUCUUUGAUACUAUUCUGUUUGAAGGCCCAGGGGUGUGUCCAGAGGGGAAAGUGCCGGGGGGGACGGGGAUAAUUGUCACCACUGGGAGCUUUUUUUUUAAUUUAAUUAUAUUUGUCUGAGGUAGGAUUUGCUUAUGAUAAACUAUCUCACUUGCAUUGCUAAAGGCUCCAGGUAGCUUUCUUUGCAUUUCAAUGUACCAUUUCUUUUGCUUUGUACUUUAAAUUCUUGCUGUUUUCUUAAGAUAGGGUGACCACACAUCCUCUUUUUGGGGGGCUGUCCGGGCUUGUCCGGCUUUGUCUGGGGAAGUUUAUAAAAUCCUUCAAAUGUCUGCUGCUUUGUACGGAAGUUUCAAGUUUGUGUCACGUGGACAUACUGAGAGAAACACGUAAAAGAUACUCGAUCUGACCUGAAAAACUCUCAAAAUUACUUCGUGCUACUUCGUGACUCCGCCCCCACGUAGUCGUGUCCCCAUUUUGGGAAGUCAGAAUAUGGUCACCCUACUUAAGAGUGCUUUAAGAAUUAAGCUCAGAAAAUCUAAAUGUUUUUAAUCUGUAGUGUUACUUUUAAAGUAAAAUAAAAAGUUAUGCGUAGAUGAAAUCAAACAUCUCUAAGAUACUCAGUAGUAGUGGGUAUAAUUAGUGGAGAAAGAAAUAGUGCAUAGAUGCUAUUCAUUUGUGUGACUGUGCACACUUACUUGAUGCCACCCCUUCAUAAGUCAUUGCCACCCCAGUCAAAAAAGUCUAGCCAUGCCCCUGUGUCAGCUCCAAAAAGCAUUACUUUUUUCUGUUCAAACUUAUUAAUCAAAAGAUCUGUUCACUGUAUGGCACAGGGUUUUCUGUAACUCAGAUUUUAGGAAAAAUACCCGGUCACAAAAAUAGAACUGAUGCCCAACCCAAACAGAGGUUGGUUCCUGAAGAGCACCGAAGCUGACAGUGAAAAGACCUCCAAUCAGCCGACAUCCUAACAGUCACAGUGUGAUUUGUCAUGCUUGAUUUUCUUCAUAGUGGACAAAGACAGAGGCAAAAGCCAAGACAUUUGUUAAAGACUGGAGCUCUUUAACUGUACCAUAGAUAAAUUCAACAUGAAGACUGACUUUAAAUUCCCAUUAGGCCUUUAUCAGGACGCUGUGAAACAGAUAUGUACGAUAUAAUCUUGCAACAUCUUACUCAGUGGUAAUCAAGUGUGUCAGGUACUCUGAGCCAAGGAAAAGGAGAGCAAUCACUCCACUUGGUUCUGCAUGGGUAGAGUUACUAGAGGAAAACACCAAAGCUCAUUAAUAAAAUGCAGAGACCCGUGUGUUUGAAAAGCACUUAUUGCACCUAUUGUCCAAACUAAACACCGGAGAAGGACUUGAUACGAAUAGUUUCGCUCUCAAUAAUUAUUUACGAGGAAAAGUAUUAAGCCUGUGAGGCUCUUUAAUGUCACAUAUGAGGAGUUUUCCUAAUGACCCUGCAGAUGCACACUUCUGCUAAUACAUCUAUUUAUAUUACACUGUAUUGUUUCCUUCAGUCACCAUGGAUUCUCAACAUGAUGUACUGUGAACAUUUAUAGAUAUUACAUAUCUCUUUUUAGUGCAUACCGUAAAAUAACCUAGGGGAAAAAUACUGUUAAUCUGUUAUGACAGUUUAGGAUAUAGUUUCUGAUAAAAGAUCAGUCUACCUGCCAAGGACCACAUAUUUGCAGGAGAACAUAGACCUCCAGCUUGGCUGCACUGCAUAAACAGACAGUGUUAUUUCUGGUUCUGUACCACAGAGUGUCAAUAAUACCUCUAAAUGGACCUCUAUUUAUUGUGGAACCAGAAAGGUGGAUUUCCAAAAGACAGUAAAUGACCCAUUUGAGCUCAAGAGUCAUAACAAGUCCACUUAAUGUCUCUACAGUGUUUCCAGUAGUGAAAACAAAGUGAGGAACACUGUUCUUAAGCUUGAUACUAGAAUUUUCUCUGUGGCUGACAGAAACGAGAUGUCAAACCAUAAAUGAAGUGAAAAUAUUUCCAACAGACCUCUUUUGUGCAACCACUCAGGCAUAUCAUGCUGCUAAACUGCUUAUUGUUCUGAGUUCAAGGACUCCUGCUGGGAGAAGCCUUUCAGAUAACUAUAAAUCACUUUGUCUGACAAGUGCCGCGAUCUUGGAUGAUAUGACGACACUUGCUGUGACUCCAGACAGACAGAGAACAAUAGAAGGAACAUGAAAGAGUGAAGGAAUAAACACAGUGGAGCAAAUCCUGAAAUGUAUAAUGCCUUUGAUACAGAAAUAUCUCCAAUAUGUUUUGCCAUUAAUCUUAGCCCCAUGAUACCUUUGAUGGUUGGACUUUUUUUAGCUGCUGUAACCAUUGCGGCCAUGAUAUAUAACCAACCAAGCAAAUAUUAUGUAAUGUAAGAUGGACAUAGUAAUCUGACCACUUUGGGUAAAGUUUUCCACGAGUGAACGACCCCACACAGGACCUUUUGUAUCAGUUUUAGUAAAUGAAUCUGGGUGGCAGCAGUUAAUCAAGAAAGGAGUGCAAUGACACCUCAAGUGUGUGUGAGAAAACCUCCCAGAAAGCUGUUGAUAAAUGACGGGUGUGCAGCCGGUGCUGCGGUUGUGAGUCUCGAUGUGCCUGUUCUUGUGCAUGUGUUUGUGUGGAAGAGUGAGGAGGGAAUAUUGGCGGUCUGUGUGCACGUGAGCAACGAUGUAAAAGAGACUAAGAAGCUGAUUUAAAGGCAUAAAGGUCCUGUGUUUGUGUGCAGGUUUGAAUCUGAAUUUGUGUUGUCUAUUUAAUCGGAUGGAUGGAUGAGAGGAGGGAGCAGCCCUUUUUAAAAGGCACCGAGAGGAAUGAUGUCUCCAGUCUUGACUCUGGCGUCCUUUUGUUGUUCCUGAAAACAAAACAAAAAGUGAGGAGGACAAAAAGGGAGGGAGUGAGGAAAAAAAGGAGCAUGAGGGAGUGGAAGAGAGGAGGGAGGGAGGAAUAGAGGUUGUGCAGAAAGUUAGAGAGCCAGGCACUGACAACAAUGCAGUCUGCUCUGUGACAGAGACAUGAUGUCACGUUAGUGGAGUCCCUAGUGUGGGGGUGGGAGGACGAGCUGGCAGGGUGGGGCCAUACCUCUGCUCUAUCCUCUCUUUCCCUGUGUGUGUGUUUGUGUGUGUGUGUGUGUGUGUGUGUGUGUGUGUGUGUGUGUGUGUGUGUGUGUGUGUGUGUGUGUGUGUGUGUGUUUGUGUGUGUCUCUUCUUUCUUUUUUUAGUGAAUGAAUGUUGGGAGGCAUAAUGGGCCCGGCUCGCAGCUCCACUUCCGCACACCUGUCAUGUGAAACAGUGAGAUUUCCAGGUCGUUCAUUCAUGGCCUGGUCCCUGCUGAGCAUGCUGCUCAGAGAGAGUGAGGGAAGCCUGGUAAAGGAUCGCCCUCGAGGGACAGUGUGUGUGUGUGUGUGUGUGUGUGUGUGUGUGUGUGUGUGUGUGUGUGUGUGUGUGUGUGUGUGUGUGUGUGUGUGUGUGUGUGUGUGUUUGAGCAGCGAGGGAAGUGGGAAGAGUGCAGAUGGAGGGAAAAAUGAGAUGAGAGCUGUGAUUGCGAUGGUGAAAACAAGCUACAAAAUCAAAAUCUCUGAAGUGCGUUGCAUACACUCCACAUGUGUCAGGUUAAUGCUGAUGUCUGCUGUCAAUUUUCCCAUCAAAACACAGCUUGAGUUUGGAUCACACAUGUGGUCUACUGCUGCAGGUUUUUCGACCACGUGUUGUCCAAACUCAGACUUUAUAUUCAUUAUUAAAAGUUCAGUUUUCCAAUUACCGUCACAUUUUAAAGCUCCAGGAACCAUUAGGUGAAAACCUCUCAUAAUUUCACAAAUUUUCUCGAGUUUUUUUUAUCCAUUUCGCAGCAUAAAGGCUUUCACGAUGGAUGCAUAAAUAGAUGGUAUUGUAUUGUUGUGUGGUCUUGUCCUUUUGGUGCACUCUGUUCAUGCUCUGCUAUUUCCUCUCUUAUAAACAUCCACAGCUUGCUGUUAUUUUACAAGAAACCUCUUAGCUUGAUUACCACUGCUGCCCAAAAUCAAAUUGAAUCCAACCACAUUCUCUGCAUGUGCUGAAACACCUGAGUGGCAGCUCAAGUUCAAGACAGAAUAUUUUGUUGGCAGCAGAUUUCAGCUCUAUUAAUACAGCUAAUUACUGUGUAAUAUAUGAUCAAGCACAAGCGUGGGUUUGAAUCUCCCUGUGGUGCAUUAAAUUGUGAGUUUUCGAAUGAUUCAGUCCGGCCAGGAAGCAGAGGAUCUUGUUGGUUUCCAAGCCACCCAUGGAGAAACCUUCUGUAGGCGCAGCGCAGCCUUGGCCCGCUGUGGUCUCACUCCCCAAGAGGAAUCUGAAGCAAUUUAAGCAACAUUCAGCAACAUUUUUAGCUGCUCUUUUCAAUCUGUGUGCUAGAGUUGACCAUAGGAGAGCUUUCAUGACUGAGUUACAACAUGAAAUGAAAAGUAAUGUCAACAGGCUGCUAAAUUAGCUGUAUAUGGCAUGAGGAUGUUAACCAAAGGCCAAGGUAUCUCAUGGUAUAAACAAAUAGCGAGGAGGAGAUUUCGUGACUCUGGUACUCUGCAAGUGCGUGUUUCAUUGUCUUGAUUGCUUACAGUCCAUUGGCUCCCACUUGUUGCAAAGUUGUGGGGCCAAAUCCUCGCAGGUAGUGCUGCUUUGAAUAUUCUAUUAUCUGCACCAUGGAGUGAAGGGAGGGACCCAAAGACUGAUUGCCAUAGGUUCAGAAUAAUAGAUAGAUGGAUGAUGGACAGAGAACCAAGAGAUCAAGAACAGAGGGACAGGCGGAUAGAGAAAAGAUCAGUGGAUCCACCAUGGGAAGUUUCCAGUAAUUGUUGGAGUUUAUUAUCUAGCUAGAGGAAAUUGUACCCUUUGCCACCCACAAGCACUCAAUGGUAACUAUCAAGUUAAACUGCCAAAGUGAGACGUUGUGACAAAGCCUCCUUUUAGAGAUGAGGGAUGACAGUGAGGUGGGGAUGGGAUGGGGGUUAAAGCUUGUCCUUUGGGAGUAGGAGGGGCAGUGUCACCGUUUGGAGCUGUUGAAAGGAGCACAAUGACACCUGGUAUCAGGUUAGCCUGUUUGACAAAUGGAUCUCCUGCUGUGAUCGUGGCGAGUGUAAGAGCUUUAUCUCUUAGAAACAACAGAGAAUGGAAAUGAAAAUGAAGCUUUUUUUAUAAAAAUGUAAAGGCAAGCAUGCAAACAAGUACUCUGACAGAGCAGAGAGGAAAAUAAGACACUGUUACUCAAUUCUUGAAUGAUCCCCCGCACAGAAUCCAACAGCUGGCUCUCUCAUUCAGAAAUGUUCAAUGUCAAUAAAUGGCUAGUUAAAUAUUUCGAUGGACAGAAGUGCGGGCAAAUAUACCAAACACUCUUCUGCUGUAAAAUUAAUUUAGCAACAACAAAAAAAAAACUCACCCUUCAAAAGAAUAAAUCCUUGUUACUUUUGACUUUCAGGCGGCCACUGUAAAAUAAACACAGGCUUUGUUAGUUAGUCACACUCAAUGUCAAACAAAAUACAAACACGGGUUGUCGUGCAACCGUGAGUUGUGCAAAUGAAUGACUCAUAGCAAUCACCAGAGUUGUUUGAAACUAAUGACUUUGGCAAAUGUAAAAAACACAGUAAGUGUCUUUUUAUGUGUACUGCAGGUUAAAAACAGAUGUAUUGGCAUCUGAGGCCCAAAUUUUGUAGGAAGUUGAAAAUUUCUUGGUUGUGUAUCAUGGAAAAAUUGGAAAGUCAGGCAUUAGCUCGCCAAACUGUCACUUAAACACUCAAGGUUGUGGUCCAGCCUCAUGCUAAACAACUGGAUGUUUCAGAGACUGCAAAAAAGUGGCUUUAAAGUGAGACUUCAUACAUGCAUGUUGGCCUCACAGUGCUGUAAUUGUAAGCAGGAUGGAGUAUGCAAAAUAGGAAAGGCGGGGUCAUUAAAUACUUGAAUGUAAAACUGAUGUUUAAUUGAUGUAUUUUUAGCCACAUCCAAUCAAAAGCAUGCUCCCAGGGAUGGUGCACACACUCCAGUACAUUGGACCUCACAGUGUGUUUCCUUCAGCUUUCACUUUAGCGAUAGAUAAGAAACACACGCAGGCACUAAAGAGUGAUUUAAGAGGGUCAACAUCAACAAACUGUUUCUGAGCAGCAGUACAAGACACUAAGACAGCCCUGCACCCCACACAGACACCCAUUUUCGUACCUAAUACCUAACCUGUUUUGACAUACCUGGCCAUAAAAUCAAUACAGCCUUCGCCUAUAGGUACGGUAGAUAAGCCUUUGAACUCACAGGCUGCCAUCUUCAACUCUCUCUCGCCAAUAAAACCGCACACAAAUCUUCAAUCCAGGCCUUGUAAAUCAGGGUGAGCGCUGAUCAAAGUGGGGCUGUGAAUCUUACAUGGCAUAUCCUGCAUUCCAGGCUAAACACAUUCACAUGCUGCACUGGAAAGCAGAGCACUGUGUUUUGACCCGGAAUCCAUUCGGAGCACUGCACGUUCACUUUGUUUGAGGUGAAAUAUAUCUUAGCAUACCUGUGAGUUUAGGAUCUCAAAGGGUAUGUAGCUACUUCUCUGCAGGUUUAAUCAUGUAAAAGAGGAAAUUAAGCAAAAUGACAGAGGAAAAACACCAAAAUCCAACACAGAAAAACCCCACUGAGCAUUUUUUGGUCUAAAAGAGGUCUAAUGUACGUCUAAAUGUAGCCUAGACGACUGGUCUAAAAUCAGGCUACCACAGGUCUAAAAAUGAAAGUUUUUUAGACGUCUAAAUUUAGACCAAGUUUAGACUAAAUCUAAAUCUGGGCUGUAUCUAUACUACACUGUAUUUUGCUCAACGGCUAUCAUAACUAUUUUGGUUAAGUACUUGGACAUCAGUUAUGCAACCCACAGUUGCUUUUUGAAAUAAACAAUUAUUGAAUAAUGGGUUAAAGUGCAACAUCUAAAUUCCGUCUAAAAAUAUACAGAAUCUAGACGGUUGAAAGUAGGUCUAAACAAAAAAGCUUGACAUCAAAUAGCCGUCUAUUGUUCAGAGGGAUAACUGCAGUAGUACAACCAAUCCCACAUUUGAAAAACCCAUACAACAACAACAACAAAAACCCAUACAACAUACUGUAUGGACUUAAUGUCAUAAGGAGAAUCAAACAACAUGACUGAGGCAAAGAGGACCAAAGAUGUAAAAUGAUUUAAGACAAUGGGGAGGAAGAAGCUGCGGAAGAGUAUUACCUUAUCAUAAUGUUCUUGGGAAAAGUGGAUAGAUUUGAUCUGGGUUUUUAAACAUAACUUGGCUCAAUAAGUCACCGUCUCUUAUAAUGAAGUUAGCAGGACUCAAUCAUGUAAUCUACUGCUGGUUUCAGAUGAAGACAUAAUCAGAAAGUUAAAGGAGUUGAGAAAAUAUCUGCAAUGACAAUGGUAGACAACUUUACCUGGACAUGUCCCUGUUUUGGGGGGGCUGUCCAGGCUGUCCGGGUCUGUCUGGGGAAGUUUGUAAAAUCCUUUAAAUGUCUGCGGUUUUGUACGUAAGUUUCGAGUUUGUGUCACUUGGACUUACUGAGUUAGAAGCGCAUAAAGACACUUUAUCUGACCCAAAAAACUCUCAAAAUUAACUUCAUGCGACUUCCUGACUCCGCCCCCGUGUAGUCGUGUCCUCUUUUUGGGAAGUCAGAACAUGGUCACUCUAGACAACUUGCUUUCGAAGUCAGAUAAUUCUAUACAUUUGCUUGCAUCUGUAAAACUAAAAAAAAAAUGUCACAAAAUUGAAUAUUUACCUCUGGAUUUCAUGAAAUUCACACCUGCAUCGAAAUGACUCUGGCAACUAUAUGAAAACAAACAAUAUUGCAGAAUCCAGAGAGAGUCCGCUGCUCAGAAUAAGUAAGCAUGCCCACUGAAGGCCAUUUUUGUUGCUAACAUUAUCUGGCUUUAUUCUAUGAAAGCAAGAAGGUGGAAUAAAGAGUUUCAAUCAUAGCAAAGAGUUCACUAAUUUAGAACACUUGGCAGGUUACAGCGCUGACAGGUUUAGUAGUACCACUUUGUUUUACUCACAUUAACACUCGCAGGGCUGCACAGGAAAUAAUCACUAAUUUGGCAGCAGAAUUCUUCACCCCACCAGUAACCCCAGGUUACAUAAGCAAUUUUAUAGAUGAAAAUCCACACACCAGGAAGCUGCCUUUAUUUUUACGAUUUAUGAAUGAAAAUGAUGAGCCCUCCAGCAGGAGCUUCGUAGUGUGCAGACUGUCUUGUUUUUCUGUACGCUUGUUUGUCUUUUGGAUCCAGCAUCUGCUGAGGAAUUUGCAUGUCUGCAUUUGAUUUUUCUUACUGACAUUAUGUAAAAAUAGACACCAGCAUGAACAUCGACACUUUUACAGCCAUCUUUAAGGCCAUCAUUCUGCUUCUCUCUCACCAUCAUAUCUGUCAUUUCUUUUAAAUAUAAUGGUUAACAUGGAAGUGGCAGAAUGCUAACAUUUGCUGUUUUCUGAUGCUAACUAACAAUAUUUUCCCCCAAUAUAUGGCCAGAUGUCUUUAUUGCCAUCAGGUAAUAGUUGAUUGAUAAGAAGCAAAAUCAGAGUGCUUUUAAAAAAGAGUGAGAUGAACAGAAAAUGAAAGUUUGAGCUGUAUGUUUGUUGUGAACUCAUAAAUGCUUGUUGUGCUUUAUUGCGAAAUGUAUCAGAAACCUAAUUGGUCACGCAUAAACACAUGUUUGGCGUCAAACACUGGCCAUGAUUACUAACUAACAACAGACGUCAAGUGAGGAAGAACACAUUAGUGUUAAUUUUGUUGUACCUAAAUCAAGCUGACCGGCCCUGACUCUUUUUUUUCUCUGUCUUAUUUAACCUAAAUGCUCAGAUCUGCGCUCCCUAGGGUGGCCUUUCUCCUGUAAUAACUCAUUCUUUCAAUUGGCUUGAUUUCCCAUGCUGUUUUCUGAAGAGAAAAUCAGUGUGAGUACCAACAAACAACUAGUUCCCUCUGGGCUGCUCAUAAAUUUUAACACUGCAGUCUGGCAGAGGCAGAGCCACAGGAAGCCAAAACAGAUGUUCCAAGACUAAAAGAGAGAAAAGAGUCAUGACCCUGAAAAAUUGCUGGAAAUCAGCCCUCAGCAGGUGUAAAUGAGUUUUGUACAAUUCUGGAAAUGCUGUUAUAAGACAGUGACAACUCAAAUAUUAGCCCUUUGAGCUCAGUUCUGGUUAGGUAUAAACAAUAACUCAAUGAAUGUCAGGUGAACUUUAUUUUGUGAUUAAUAAAUCACAAAACAAAAGCUGUCAACAUGUCUUGCUCCAAAUAAAGCUAACCAAUAAAUAGACAAAAGGUUAUAUAUAUACUAACAUAUACAGACAUCACUCUGCAGAUGUCAUAUAUGUGGGCUGUUAUGCAGAUGUGAGGCGCUUGAGAAAAGCAGAAAUACUUGAAGCAUGUGCUGUCUGAUUCAUAACUUUUGCAUGAAGUAAUUGGAUCUGCGAUUUGGAUGUCCUGCUUUAUGUCCACGCAGAGUGUCCAUGUGAAACUUUUCGGAGGGAUCCAGACAGAACUUUUGUCAGUCUGCCAUAUCCACAUGUUUUAGACAAUCUUCUGUAACUACCUUCCCCAGUGAGACAUUAGUAAUAAAAUCUGAGAGUUUGAGAAUCAUUUAAACCCCGUACUUAACAGCGAAAAGUGUUCGAUGAUGAGACGAGUUUAGCACCCUGACUCCUCCACUACAGGGCUGUGCUGCUGUAAUACAGGCAGAAUAUAGUUUGGCAUGGUAGCUUAUGUUGUUAAAAGUCUGUAUUGUUUGACAUGAAUGGUGCUUCUAAGAUGUGUAAGCUACCUUUGUCAUGUGUCAACAAACCAUCUCAGAUACCUGCCUUUGAACAGUGCUUUUAGGACAAGCAAGGUGGCCCCACUUCUCUUCAGCACAGAGGGUGCAGUGUUCAUGAUUUUCCAACAGGAUGUCACAUUUUGAUUCAUCAGACACUUUGCCUCAGUCCAUCUUGAGUGAGCUCAGGGCCCAGAGAAGUCACCAGAAUUUAUGGAUUGUGUUUGUACACGGUUUCCUCUUUGCGUGGCAUAUUUUUUACCUGUAUCUGUGGACGUAGCAGUGCAGAACACAGACUACACACACUAUUUUCAGUUAGAUAUUAGAUGUAAAUGAUUUAUAAACCAUCAAAAUCUCUUUUCAUCACAAUGUCAGGGAGAACCUCAAACUUUAGAGCUGGGGCUGGAUGAGUAGAAUUUGAUGCCAUGAAGUUGUUUUAUUCAUAAAGAUGUGCUACUCCUUUCACAUUUGAAUUUCCGACACCAUGGGCAACCAACUUACGUUUCAGAUUCUUAGACACAUUUACAGCACAGAAAGGCUCACUCCAGCUCUGCAGCAUUACGGCUGGUCGUUUACCCCUUAGUAUGAAACAGAUGUGAUGUUUUCUGGGAUGCAGAGCCCUGUCUUUCUUCUGUCUCUCUCUCACCUUAAUUGCAUCAUUCUAUCACACUAUUACAAUUUCUCUUAACUGCAGCAGUAGUCCGGUGUUUGAGCCACACUCUUCAGAAAGAAAAAGUAUGUAGCGGAGAUCAUUUUGAAGCAUUUCUAUGACUGGUUUCAAGCCAUUUUAUAGACUCCAGUUCAUUCAGGUAUCGGGGCACAAAGAGGGAGAAAAGGUAGGAGGUGAGAGUGGGAUAAGUUGGAAAAUAAAGGAGGAUGGGUAAGAUGAGGAGGGGUCAGAGGGAUGGAGCAGAGGAGUUGUUGUCUGCUCUUUCUUCUUCUUCCAGCUCUUUGGCAUCCUCAAGCCCAGAAAAUGUCUCAUCCUUUUCCAGACUGAAGCCUCCUCCUGGACUUUGAUGGCUUUUUUGUUUUUCGUCCCGAACAGUUUUCAGUGAUUGUCUCUUUUUUGGCAUUGUGAUCGAUUUGUCAAUUGAGUCCCAAAGUCUUUCAGAUCAAACCUCCUUCAGAUUCAAAAGGAUCCGACGAAUUUCAGAUGAUCUGAAGAGCCGCUCCCCCACAGAUGUCUUAAUGAAUGAAAUUAUGUCCUCAUUGUAAUGCCGCAGGGUUUCAUUCCAUUCACUUUAACAUUGGUCAUGAGUUUCACAGAUUUUUUUUUUCUAAACUUUAUUUGACAAAACCUAAUUAACAAAAUACAAUGAAUACACACAAUUAUUACAAUACAUUUUUAUUAAUACAGAGUGAAUUAGUUAAUGCAUAUGAAUGUUCAUGAUUGAAAUUUACAGAUAUUUUAGCCUCAUUGUCUCACGAGCCAUAAUUUAGUAUUCUGUGUUUCCCUGUAAAUCUUUCAAUUAUUAAAAACAAAACAAGAAAAAAAACAGAUUUUCAUAAAAAAUACAUGGGAUGUCAUGCCCAGAGAUUAUCAGGGAUCAAGAGUGUUUCUAGUUUUGAAUCCUAUUUUAAUUAACCAUCUCAGACAGAUUAUCCUUCAAAGACAAGUAUUUGGAGGGGUAUUAAAAGUCUUUUUUAAUUAAACGUUGUUGUUUUUAAUCUUAGACAAUAAAAGCCUGUCGUUUUAAUCUUCUGUAAUCAGCUGUCUUACUGACUUUGGCAGAAAUUUAAAGGAUUGAGUAAAUAAAAAAUGUUAAAAAUCAAACGAUUUCACUUGUAACCCUGCCCACAGUUAAAGAAACCCAGCAGCAGCACCAUGUGCUUUUACUGGUGACUCACUGACCAAACAAACCAAUGCUGAUGUUGUAACUUUUAAUGGACAAGGAGGAAAUGGUCCUCUGACUAACAGUAUAGAAAUGAGCUGUAUUAUAGACGGGGAAGAAAUCUACUGUCAUGAUUUGGAGGAUUUAAAAGUCUAUUUAUAAAACGGGUGAUGGCUGAGUGGUAGAAACACCUGGUCUCUGAAAAUAAGACGUAACGUCCCAUUAAUGAAGUUUACUCUGUCAUGACAGGUCAGCACAUUUCUUAAUAUUGCAGUGCCACUCAGGAGUAUUGAACUUCUGUUACACACUGUGGUAUUUCCAUCACAACUAAUGCAACUGUUUAAUAACAGGGGAGCAGAGAUAUUGAGAGCUGACAAAGAGCAGUGGUCGAACAGGCAGGGGUCCAGGGAUUGAGUGUUGGCAGAGAAAUUUCAUCUAUUUGAACAACCUCUGAUUUUGAAAUAGUUAUUUGUUGGACCACAUGCUGCUGGUCGUGGAAAAUAGUAAUCCUUGAACCUUUUUGCGAUGAUAAAAUCUAAACCUGAUGAUUAUUUCAAUCAAAGCAGACCUCAGAUUAAGAUAUAAAAGAUACGCAUGAGAGUGAGGCCUCAGGCUUGAGACACUUUUAGUGUAUCUGAUAUAGUUUGGGCUGAUUCCAGAAAUCUAUUAAAGCACUCAGUACAUGAAUGAAAACACUAGAUUAUAAACCAAUAUUGCUUCACAGAGAAUGACAGAUUUGUCCUGAAAUGCCUCUGUUUUAAAUUUGACUUUUACCACUUGUAUUUUAUUGCACUGUCCUUACAGAACCUGCACUACUUCAUAUUAUAGUUUACUGCAUUUAUUUUUAUGAUUAAGUUAUUUUUAAGUUGAGAGUUUUUCCACAAAAACAUGCUAAAACUAUUACACACAUCGAUUAUAAUUCAGUAGGCGGUUGCAGGUCACAUGGAUUUCUGAACCCUGAUGAAAAUUAGCAUCUCCUUCCUGGGGUUCCUGUUUCAUUUCACGACUCUUUGUUGUUAUUAUCUUUACUAAUCACUCCUCUACAGUUCUCAGCUGCUUUUAAUCAUAUUUUGGGGGCCAAAAGAAAAGGCAAUUCAGUCUUCUGCCAAACAGCAGAUGUACGAGAAGUCCAUAAAACAAAGUUGUUCUGUUGUUUUCAAGGCUAAUCCACAGGUUGGGGAUGAACUAGCAAACGAUGUAUGCUGAUGCAUUAGUAUUUAACUGUUCUGGUGUAUAUCUAAAGUAAUGUGUUACAGUUAAACCCCAAAGAUUUGCCAGUAAUUUUCAAGUUUACUCUGACCCUGGUGAGUUCUACCGUAGCAAAUUGACGCCAGUGUAGGGUCCAGUAGAAGCAGACCAAAACAUUAUGCACAUUAAGACAAACGAGAUCGGGGAAAGCUGUAUCAUUUAGGUUAUUAAAGUGGUUUAGAUGCUCCUCAGUGGAUGAGAUAGUCCCUUGAAUAUUGAGGACUCUCCAGUGGUACCAGCUGGUCACAAAGUCAAACAAGCUUGUAAGUGGGUAUUUAGCUCCACAGGGUUCAUCCUUUAUUUGGUUAUGAACGCCAUGGACUUCAUUUCAAGCCACAGCUGGAAGUGAUGUUUCACAAAUGAAUUUCUGCGUUAUGCAGAUGAUGUGGUCCUGCUGGCUUUUACCAAUUGCAAAACUCAAGCUGCCAGGGGACAGUUUGUAGCACCUCCAAGUCUGAGACCAUGUUUUAUUUUAUUUUUUACUGGACAGUAGAGGAAUCUUCUCUCUUUCUUCUGAUCCUUUUAGUUCUUUUCACUGAUGAUGCCUCUUUUCCUUUACUUGAUGAAAACAAACCUUUUAUCAUCACUACCAUUCUUUAGUAGGACUGUUUGUCCUGCUCCUACCACCAAAGCAAAAUACAAUACAGCAAGUGCAGAGGGGGUUUUGUUGCAAUCAGAUGCAUUGCAUUAGCACACAAUACUAUUCAUUUGGCUACACAACUUUGUGCAGAGCAUGAUUUCUGCUUUAAUUGGAUCAUGAUCAUGGGUAAAAGUGCAUUCUUGAACUGAUCACUGAGUGCAAACAGAUGAAAACUUUGAAAAUGACCUAUAGACCCGGUGACAGUCGGGUGAAAUGUUGUCAGGCAUCCAAUACGAUGUAUUUUCCGUGGUCAACCCUCUCCAUAUGUUUAAGUUUGUUUGGUCUUUUUUUUAGGACUCAUCUGGCUUUUCUCAUGCCGAGUAUUUGCUUUCUCACUCAAUACAGGCAAACAGAUUAACAAAAACAUAUGACAAUUAAAGGGUGCAUUUGUACCCCCCAAAACUGAUGACCAUCAUCUUUCUCAUUAGCUUUUUUUCAAGUGUGAGUGUAAAGCCACACACAGAUACAGAAGUCUGUGUGAUUAAGUCAUGAAGUCUGUUUGCUUGACAGGACUUUCCUUCUCUGCCACAGCAAAUGAUAUGAGCCAUACAAACCCAAAUUACAUUUAUGAUUUUAACUGUGCCAACGUGGGCACAAAAUCAAAGCCUUCCACUGAAUCAUUUAACAUAUUUAUUUAGCUGGCAACUUCACGGGCAGUCAAACCUGUCUGUGUAAACUCCUUCAUUUUUAUUUUCUGCUGACACACGCUGGAAAGUGCAGAGCCAGUGACAGUCACUCUCUCAUUAGCAGGUUCUUGGUGGAGACUCCAGAGCCUGUGGGUGGCCUGGAGCAGCGGUGUAGUGCUUUUUGUCUGUAUCUACCUCUUCUUUCCAUGGAGACCUUCAGUCUCCAGUCACCCUGAAUGUACCCUUUCCAGUGUCUGUGGAGAUAAAAAGGCAUCCAGUAUUUUAGUAAAUAGAAACCUUAUCCAAACAAAGGUAGGCUGGAGUCAUAACUUUCAAUCAAACACAUACGCGAGGGAAAAAAAGCUGACUGGAUGGACACUUGUUGGAUUGAAAGCACAAUCUAGUAAAGUGCAAUUUGCAGAGUUUGGCACAGAGUAAUUACAGCAGGUUUCAGCUUUUCGAAGUUAAGAAAUGGAAGAAAAUGAUUUAUCGUGCCUAUUAGCGCCUUAAAUUGGAAUAAAAGUAAUAUAAUAAAAAGCACUGAUCAAAUCUGACUGACAGUGGGGGGAAAAGUUCGUAUUUUCAUAUUACUUGUGCUGCUAUUAUGAAAAUAAUACCAACAGGGGAAACAAAAUCUGCAGAAUCUUGUUUAAAUGGCUUUACCUUUAGGAGUCGGCACCUUUUCCCUACCUUAUUUGAAAUACAAGUAUUGAACAUCUGGUGAACACAUUUACAUAAGAGGUCACUCCCAGACUUUUCCACACAGUCUGUGAAAUAAGCUAAUGACUGAGGGAAAAAUUGAGUGUGUGUUAUUUCAUAAUUAUAGAUGAUUAGAGAGAGACAACAAAUCCAACUCAGCAGCUUUAUAAAACAGCUCUCAGAAAAAGACUGACAACAUCCACCGAGGGUCUCUCCUCACUCCCCCCCGGCAGCAGAUGUAUAGGCUGGAGUAUUUUUACAUACUGGCUGCAACGCUUAGAGCUUAUUUUGGCAUCGGGCCUGCGCAGCAAUUUCAAUGUUAAAGUUGUAAAAUUGACUUCACGUUGCUUGUAAAUCGCAGAUAAUAUUCUAGUAGAUGAACUGUGGCACUGUAGCGGUUUGAAGGGCCACAGAGCCCAACAUCUGGUUCAGACUGCCUGUAUAAAAACCCCAAACAAAAGCCUGCAAGUGGGGGCAUGACAGUUCAGCUACAACAGUUUUCAACAGCUUUUGUUUUAUUGAAAAUCUCUGUUAUUUGCGGCAGGGGCAUGAAAAGUUAAAGUACAAUCUGGAGAGGACAACUGCAGUGGCCAAGAAGUUCUCACUGAGAAGAACAAUAGCAGCCCCACAAUGAAGCUGCUGCAUUGAUGUUUGUGCAAAUUGUACGUCUCCUGUUGAGGGUUAUAUAAAAAUGACACACUCUGGGGAUAAGUUAAAAGAGGAACCAGAACAUAGUCGUAAAAAAUGUCCUAAAAAUCAUGUUUUUGGUUACAUAGAGGCCUAUUUAAGAGAUUUAAGCUGACUGCCUGAAAUGAAAGGACAGUGAUGACAUAAAGAGAUGUCUUUGACAUCUACUAAAUCAUAUUCUGUGUAUUUACUUCAAUGAAAAGAGUGGCCUCUACCUCACUGAACAUAUCCUUCUCUUUUUUUUUUUACUGAAGGAGGACUAUUUGAAAGGGUAUCAUCUAUAGAUCACAUCUGCAAAGCAUCAGCCUGUAAUGAAGUCUUAUUUGUACUCAUGAAAAGAUCUCAAAUGCAGACACAGUUGGUUUGGCGGUUUGAGUGACCCUUACCGCACCAAUCCUUCUCCAAAUGCAUUUUAAAUUAUGAUUAUUUCAGCUCAGAUUAUAUGGCCAGCUGACAUGGCAGCGUAUAAUCUAACUAAUAUAUUUGUGUUUUAAAGCUCUGUUGAUCAUGCUUGAGGACUUCAAGCAGCUCGUACUGGUUUAUAGAUCUGGUUUGGUUUGAAUAUGUCAUUAUUUUGUGAUUUUCAUGAUUUAAAUCCAUACAGAGGGAAUUUCUGUUGCUAUGUUGAUAUAAUACAGCCAUACUGAUGAUAUCUAAUGAAGGCCCAUAUUUCUUAAUCCCUUUUAGUGAUGAAAGUGACUAGAAGAGCCCUAAAUAAAUACAUAUUCAUUUGUGUUAGUUUGUCUUUUUCUAAGCACUUUGUAAACCUUUUUAAAGGGGCAAUACAACAGAAACUAUUAUAAUUCCAAGAGAAGAGAUUUUAUUUGAGAUCAAAAUUUUCUUCUGAUGGCAGUGAAGUUGAUGGAAAACUUUUGUAUUUGAACUUCGUUGUUCUGUUGAUGUUGUUGAUUAUUUCGAGUUCAAGUUUCAGAUUCAAGUUUUACAUUUAGAGGUUCAUGUUGCCUGUUAGUGUCAAUCAAAUUAGAUCUUAAAUAAUGACAGUAUUACAACAGUGAAACCUCAGCUUCAGUUGUUGUUUGUAUCACUGAGCAUAUUUGGUGUAACAUAGAAAAACCGAAUCAUAUAUUGGAGGCUUCAAAUCUUUUGGUUGGUUUCACGUUCCUGCAAACCUCCAUCAUUGUUGUUGACAAAGUUGAUAUAAGAAGUCUCACCACUUCUUUUGUUUUGGUUGGAUGGUGAUGGGGAGGUGUCCAAAAAGGUGAGUGCAUUGUUGCUCCAAGGACAUUGGGCACUAAAACUGCAGAAUUGCGUUGGUUUUGCACAUAGAUCACCACACAAAAAAUGGAAUUAGUGGACACAGGCCCUUACACUUUCAAAUUGUUCUGUGGCAUUGUUCUGCAUGUCAACAGGUCAUACUCUCCUUUUAUAUAGUGUACUUCAUUUGUUCAUGACAUGCCAGCAUUACAGUAAGUGUUAUGAAGGCGUUUUCAACUUACAUGGGGUCAGCUUUCUGAAUUUGACAUAAAAUAAUCAUUCCUGCUCAACAACUGAUACAAAAUACAUUCUUUAUUCUUUCAUUAUUCAUUCAUCAUAGUAAAUACACAAAACAAAUCAAUGCAAAGUAUAAACAAAAGAACAAUAUUUAUUGGGAUAUAAAUCUUGACACCAUUUACACACCAUUUACACAAACUGUUUUGGAAAUUAAUGUGCUUGUCUCUGCUUUUGGCGUUCCCUUUUAAUGCAUCUAGUCUGCAAACUAUCUAGUAUUCCUACUUCCUUCUGCGUACACUCUGCUUUUUCCAUUUUCACUACAUUGUUCUGAAUUUCACCCCUCAUUACUCUUCUCACCUAUAUCAUUUACUGAAACCUUUAAGAUUCAUCAUAUUUUUCAUUGUAUGUACAUGAUAUACACUGACUCUUAAAUACACUUACAUUGUUUUCAAUCUAUUUACAUAUAAGAGCUUAUUGACGCUUUGUAUGGGUACAAAAUAUGUGUAUUUGAUGCUUUAAAACCAUUAAAAGCAAAGAGAGGAAACCGUGCCAUUAUAUGUACUUUGUUCAGAGAGGUUGUACUGAAAGAAGGCAUUGCUGGACCUCAAGAACAACUGCGUAUUGUUUCAUGAGAGGAGAGUACACAUUCAUGUCUGACAAGAAAAAUCUCGAUUCAAAGUGGAAUUCUCUUUGAAAACAAGCUUUAUGGGGUGUUAGGGUAACUCAAAUCCAUCUUCCUGUGUUGUAUUCCUACUGGAGUUGUCAAUAGAAAAUAAAUUGCACUUCCAACCUAUCCUUCCAGCCAGAACCAUUUUCAGUCUGGUAUCAGAACCACAGAGUCUGCAGCGGAGCAGCACCUCAGCUCAAACUGUAUGAACCCACACAGUUGUAUCACAAUAGACUGCAGCUGUAUCUGACAGAUCAAACGAGGCUCCCACAACGGACACAGCGCUUUAUCUCUCUUCUUGUGGCUAAAAAUUGACUUAGGAGCUAAUGUCCCAGAUGAAACUCAUCGCUCUGAUCUACAUGUUCUUUCAUUCUUUGGUUUAGGAGAAUUUUUUGUACUCUCCGGAUGUUGCUACAGUACACAAGCCAAGCUCUGGAGUAAACUGUUUAUGCAAUUAAUUCCUUGAAUAAUAUAGCUGGUCUGUGAUGGGUCUGGACAUUGUUACCGGUCGUAAAUGUCUGAUGUAACAUGACUGAAAUCUUUAAGACUUAUGACAAACAACAAGAAGAAUGAGAUAUUGCAUUUUAACAAAGCAGACAACAACAUCAUGACAGAAAACGGAUUCUCCUCUGGACUUCAGUAAAGAGUUUUUUCCGUGCGGUAAAUAGAAAUAUGGCUUGUUUGUAAAUAGUUGUGUUGUUAUAAGCUAAAGCUUGAUGAAAGAGCGCUACUUCUAUUACCUCCAUCUAGGAAAAGUCCACACCUAUCACGACAUACAUCGACUAUCUUUGUGGCUCCCUGAAUGUCUUGAGAAUGCAAAAGGUUUGGUACCAGUCAUGAGUAAGGAAACUAUAAGAUUACUGACAUUCACAGACUCAUGAGCAGUGUGUGUGCGUGUGUAUGCGGGGUACAUGUUUGUAUGUCGAUGCAAGGAUGGACCACGCACAGCAGGCACAUAAAAGCAAACCCCCUUUGUUCGCCGCUUGCCGAAAAGCGAGCUUGAACCCACGCAGUCUGAUCUGUCUCUUGUUAGUCUUUGUCUUUUACUCCUUUCAAUACAGCCACAACCCAUCCUUUACAAAAAAAAAACUUUCCCUGGCAGAUGGAGACUGAGGCCUGGACGCCGACAGCAGCUGCCUCUGCUUCAGAUCUUCUGGCACAUAUGGAGCCUGGACUUGGACGAUGAGGUGGCGUCUUUCCACACCUUGCAGGAAAGGCCCUUGGCACAGUCGCAGCGCUGGAAGAUUUCCAAGCCGUGAGAGCCUUUCUUCCUCUGCUUGGUGCACACCUCACCCUGCCGCAGCACUGGCUUGCAGAUUUUGGUCCAGAAAUGGCGAGCACAGCAGUAGCCCUCUGAGCAGUCGGAUGAGCGCAGGCAAGGGUCCCCUUCAUGGCCUGAUCGAGAGAGAUGAGAAACAGUUCUGAUCAAGGGUAAGUCUGAUUACAGUACAUCUCCAAACAGUACAUUAAGUUUGCAUUUCUGUGUUGAAAAACAGAAACGAAUACAACAUCAGGGACAUAAAAGAGUGUGUGAAAUUAUAAACCAUCCAGCAUCUCAGAGUUUUAGUUCUCCAAUGAAACGAAGCAAAGGGAAUGUGUUAUUAGAGUUCAUCAAGCCAUUAUGUUUUCCAUACGGCUAACUUAAUGCGAACCAUUCUUCAUGUUUCCGUUCAGAUUGCAUUCUAUGCGGCCCUCAGGGACAAAAAAAAAUCCAUGAAGUAUUUAAUGUAAAUCAAACUAACAAUUUGCUAAUUCUGCGUAUUAACCGUAUCGUCCCAUCUGGUCUGAGGCUGAUCGUCUUGGCAGAACUUUGCAAGAAUUACAUGAACGCAGUAUUAGUUUGAUUUAGUUACGCAGAUUUUUUCCUCUAAAACAUUUUUACAAUGUGUCACCACUUGCCAAAUGUAUGAAUAGUUUCAUGAAAUUAAAUUCUAACUAUGAAGAUAAUAAUAGGCUGCUUAGAGAGAGAGUGCUCGUGGAUCUCUUAAACACCUCUGACUCUCACGGAGCAUUUUUCACAACGCUGCGACCUGAAGGCAGACAUUUUAAUACAUAUUCUUCGAGGAGAGGGAGUAAGUUAAACAUACAUAAAAGUCAGUGGUCUUAUUUAUAGCUCCUGAAGCAGUGCUGCUACCUCACAUUGAUUUUAGUAUUACAGUCUUCUGUCUUCAGGGUGCUUUUAGACUUGAGGAGUUUUAUUGUCUCAUUAAAUGCAUUGCUUUAUAUAGAGGCCCUUACAUUGACUUUAAAUCAGGUGACAUGAACACUAAGCAGGGGGGCUCUGAGAGUCAUCAGCCAUAAUGGUGCCAAACCUGCAUUCUGUGGUUUUCACUUGUGUAUCGUAUAAUGUGUGCUGUCAAUGAGAGUGUUUGUAUGGCUUUAUGUAGGUGCAGAAACAGCACAGGCAUUGUGGUUCCCCAUGCUGUGAUUUUGGGCCCACAGACACUGACAUAUGAGCAGAGGUGUAAUUAUCAACAUAGUUUGUGGACUGGUGUUGCCCAUGAACUCAGUAGGACUUGCAGAGAGUGAACAACGGAGAGACUGAGCUACCCGAACUCGAUUCAAAGAGGAUGACAAGAGAAAAAGAUGAAAGAAAAUCAAAUGUGCUAGUUUCUUGUGAUCCAGUGAACAUGUUUUAUGCAUACACUCAGAAAUGAGAGAUCAAAUUUUACCCUUCAGAGAAUGUUUAGCAUGUGCUUUCCCACUCUUCCUCCAGUUGUGCUCUUUGGUGGAGAGUUUGUUGUGCUCAUCUAGAGCUGUGAGGUGAGGCGAGAGCACACUCUCUGAGAUAGGGACACAAAUAUCUGCAGACGAGAGAGAAAGGAGAAAAGAGAAAAAUAGGAAGGUCAAACAAGACAGAAAACACCGCCAACCCAUGCAUACUGUGUCAAAUCCUUGAGUAACUGUUAAUAUUUCUGAUCCAUUCACAUAGUAUCAGCAUAAGUGAAACUGUUGGUUUUGAUUUGAUGUACGUACAGUUAUUGCAGCGGUUCCCAGGACAGCACAUGGCAUCCCGAUGGCAGCGCCUCUUCCUCCUGCGGCAGGUGAGACAGCGAGACGGAGCCUGUUGAGGGCUGUGGCAGUAGCUUCCUACACUGCACUCCUUGUCAUUGCUGCAUGGGUAGACCUGUUGAGGAUAACAAUUCGUUCACUCUGUGAGUAAAAACACAUUUACUGGAUUUAUGAAAGAUAUUGAAUUGCAAAAACAUGUUUACUAGGAUUUAGACUUCGAUUCAAAAAACUUUAUCAUCUGCUGAGAAAAUUGUCUUUGGCAUGACUCAAUGCGGUGCAACAAACAACACAAUAGAAACAUUUUCCCAAAGCAGGAAUAAAAGACAUUACCGGGACAAUUAUGAAUCAAGAUUAAAAGUGCAAAUGACAUUUGGAUGUUAAGAGAGUAGGUCAUAAGUUAUUGUUGUAUUAACCUAUUUAUUUAUGAUAUGUAUUGCAGUGAUAGUUAACAAGUUUUUGUGGACUUCAUAUGUGUAGCCUGAUGAGAGGAUCUGGAAGGACGGAUGCAGGAGGUGAGUGGGGUCGCCUGUAAUGACUUUGGCUUUCCUUUUAACUGCUAGUUUAUGUUUACGAGUUACUUUGUUUGUUUGGUGAAUAUCAGGGAAAGCUUUGAUUUGUUUCUGACAGUGAUGAGGGUGAACAAGGUUAUGAUAUUAAAGGUGAGAAUGGAUUCUAUGUUGGAUUUGUAAACAGCCCUUAUGAAAGGCCCAAUUAAGGUAAGCUUAUCUAAGUGAUGGCAGACUAACUCAGGCACUUUGUAAGCUCAGUGGGUUAAACUUCCAGCUAAAUAUGGUUCAUUGCAUAACUUUGCAUUGAUAUGACAUAAUUUUUAACAAGUUGCACAGAACAAAUGCUCUGAAGAACAGAGCUGAAGCAAAUCUUUGCAUUGUCCAGACGCUCAGAUACAUCUAAUGUGCAUGUUCUAGGGUGUAACCAUCGAUUCAUUUUUAGAGGCUUUACUGUGGAUGAAUAUAUUUUCUCCUCCAAUUGAAUUUGAUCAAAUUCAGCAUUAAUUUUAUUGUUGUAAUUCUGUACCUACCACACAGAAACAUAGGCAAUGAAAAUUCGUAACCCCUCUACCCAGACCUCACACCAUGACUGUAAUCUUUUUAAUUCCCCCCAACAGACCACAUUUGCACCACGCACCUGAGGUUGCAAAAUUUAAACUGUUGCAGUUAACAAGCCAAAUAAAACUCGUGUCAUGUUCAGAGUAGAAAUCUUAUAAGACCAGAAAAUGAGAGGGCAGAGCCCAACACGACCAAACCUUCUCAUCCAAAUGAGUUCUUGGAUCACGACAUAACAAAACGUAAUGGUCUGACUUCUGUGAAAAAAACUGCAGCUGCAUCAAGACUCGAAUAAAGUCUCAGCUUAAAGUGAGAUAAAGUCACAAACAACAGAGAUACAAUUCUGACCUCUAACUAAAAAAAAACAGAUAAUGUAAGCUUUGAAUAUUUAGGGCACUAAGAAAGUUUUAAAUUUACUUGUAUGAGUUUUCUAGAUAUAAAUACAGAUAUCAAACCAAACCUCACCUAUUGAGAUAGUUUAUAAAAGUCUUAGCAGCAUAAAUAAAUAUAAAAUACUCAAAGAUUAAGUUAAAAUUUCCAAGUUUUACUGAUCAGUAUGUUGCAGGCAUUAGCAUAUCUCAGAGGUGUAGUUCGUUUCCGCAGAUUUCCAAGAGCUAAAAAAAAAAAAAUAACUUAUUUGAAGUUCCGAGUGGGAAAAAAAGUUUCCCUCGAUGUGUUCAGGCUCUUUUAAGUCAUCUAAUCUCAUUGGAGAUGAAACUAUAAAUCAAUCAAGACACCUCUUUGUCAGUUUUGCAUUUCUUCUGCCUAAGUAGAUUUUGUUGUUACAUCGAAGUCUGGGACAUUUUGUCCUGUUGUCUUGCAAAGCACACCUUUCCAGAAGUGGACUAAAAUGACCACUAGAGAAAAACCACGACCUUAACAAACAUUGCAUCCUCAGUCCACAGCAGUGAGAAGUACAAUUAAGGCCAAGUUUACUUUUUCCAUAACAAGUGUGUGCAGCAACGGGAAGUUUUACUGGAACCGCUGUCUUGAUAUAAUUCCUUACACAUGCAAGUCCUGCCGCUGUUAGACUUGGAGCAGGAGCAAAGAAGUUCUACAUAAAUUGUUUCUCAAAAUCAAAUGAGCUCCACUGACAAAUGAAAUAAUGUCACAAAUGUGUGCAGACCUCAUCAAGAGGGAGAGGGACAUUUUAAGCAGCUGCAGGAAAGCAUCAAUUCUCCAUCACAUGUCUACAUCAGCUGGACAAGACUCCAUGAAGGUCAGAGCAGUGUUUCUCUACUCGUACACAUCUUUAUCUUAUUUUACGCUCUACUAUCUGAUGUUAGGAAAUCCGUAUUACAACACCGAGCUGAACUUAAAGAAAAAAUAAGCAGGAGAUGAAGUCUGAGUAAAUUCUGUCCAGUGAAGACUGACAUUAGAACAACAUGUUUGGCUGGCACACCACCACCACCAGCACCACAACCACAUUGAACUGGCACUGCACUGACAGAUCUGAUUUAUUGUGGCUUACCACUGCUAAACAUGGAACAGUAAACAUUUCAAUGAACAAGAGAGAGGUUAAAACAGAAUAAAGUCAUUAUAACCAUAAUAAAUAGCAAACUCCAUCUGGGGUACAAAGGUCAGCUGAGAGGGGCGGCCACACUCUUGAGUACAGGCAUAUCUGAAUGUACACCACAUGUUCAAAUCAACUCACAACAGCAUCAGUAUUUCAGUGCAUUAGAUGUUGUUACUUGAUGUUCUGCUGCUCCGGAGAGUGAGUAAGAUUUGACAUGUUGGACUGAUGCCAUACAGACAUUCUCAGGCUGGAAACACAUGGAGAUAAUGAUACACACAUAAAAAAUGAGAACGAAUAUUUAACCAAAUACUCAUUAAUCAUCAUGACAGAGUCAAAAAAUGCAGAUGCUUAAUGUGUUGAUGGAAUAAACAAAGCCCUCAUGUUUGAUGGAUUCUGAAUAUUCCUUAAUUUCUACUGUGUUGAGAACCGAUCGCAAGAUAUUAAAGAGACUUUUUUGUUUGUUUGUUUUUAAGUGCAAACCACCGACUAUAUGCAGGAAAACCAGUUUACACAUCAUGGUGACUGCUUCGCAACCAGUCAAGUUACAUAUUUUUGCCUCUCUUGCAAGUUCACAACUUUUAGGGCCCUUCAGAAAAUGUGUGUGCAUGGAGAGAGAGCCAGAAAUAAAUUAUUUUCUUUUAGCGUAAUGACUUAAAGGUACAAAGUGUAGAAAUGGGAAUAUUUAGUGGCCAGAUUCUUGAAUAAAACCCUCCCUCCCUUCCCGCUGAUGAGGUGACAGUAGUUUUUCAAGGUGAUGCAUGAUAAGUAUGAUGGUUUAUUUGUCAACUUUAGGCUAUCAAAAAUGUCCACUCUAUUAUUCACAAAAAAAAAAAAAUCCUUUCUCCAUCUUCUAACUGGUACAUUUCACAUGGCCACUCACUAAAUAAAAAAACCUGUGUUUGUAUGUCUUUUAAAAAUAUUUCCCAGCCUCCAGCAGAGUUUAACAACACAACCUUUUCUUUUCUUGAAUAGAAGAUGUCAAAUAGCAUUCAUCAAAAACACUAUUGUUAUCUUCUUCUUGGCAAAUGUAAGGCCUUUGGCAAAAGCAGUAAAAAGAAAUCAGUUGGGGGAGUGUGAGGGGUGAUUCAUAAACAGUGUAAAACGUGAACAUACUUAGUGAUUUCACUCAUUGGUUUCUAAAGAUGCAUGAGGACGACAGGCGUUGUGUUGUAAAGGCUGAAUCCAACUAACUUUUGGCCGAUCAAGAAACAGGCGAAGUAUCACAGUCAAGGUAAUUUGUCAUUUUCAGACGUCUCGUUGUGCUUCUGUGUUUUUGAAACCAUAAAUUCCCAAACUUUCAUUUGACUUUUGUUUGUUUUUGUGUGUUAAUAUUAAAGAAACAAGGUAUAAAAGGCCCUGAGGGUAAACCUUUGGAAGCCAGCGUAGCUGUAAUGAAGCUUAUCGUCUCCCAGCUCUAGCUCUGUUUUCUUUUUUUGUGUGUGUGUGUAAGCAUUAAAGCAGUAAUGAUUUUCUCAUCCCGCUCCCAACAAGAAAGUCAAUCUUUCUUAAAUAGAUUUUCAAGAGCUUUUAAUCACUUUUUACAGUCUUCAGAUGAUGGACUUUGCUCCACGGAGAGAGACAAUCAGGAUUCUUGGCAAACUACUCAUCCCAAGAUGAAAUUUCAGCCUCAUCUGGGGUUUUCUGUGCACUCAGAGAAACAGUUACAUCGCCAUGGACAAUUGGUAUAAUCACAGCUGAGGAGGGAAAUAUGUUGGAAACAAAGUCUGAGGAGAAUUUCAAGCAAGUGCUGUGGGACUUUUUUCCCCUGCCAUGAAAAAUGUGCUGCUAUGAAGACAAAUGGGUCUGACCGUGUGCGGUAGUGCUUUAUACUACCUGCUCUGAAUAUCUGUCUGCCUCACUGGACAGCAGGCCUGGAUUGAUCGCAGAGCAGGUAGAGGACAAAAGAAGCACACCAGGCUUCACCUUUUCCCUCAUGGUUCAAGCUGUGAGACAACCCUUUGAAACUCAGCGAGACGAACCUGACGCUCAAAUCUCUGCAGAUAAUCUCGGCUUAUCUUGUCAUGUUUUAAAACGCCUCUUUCACAGCAUCUGAGAGUCGGCGCUUCAUUUGGAAGCAUCGCAUUCAUCUCGCAUCUUUAUUUCUGUUGCUCCCUUAUUUUUCCCUAGAAAGCCUUAACACAUAAAAGCCCAGCCCUGGAUCCUGCCCAGGAAGUGGGUUGUGGAGUGUGUCCUCUGCAGCCUCUCUUGGUAUGCUGGUGAGAUGAUAAAGGAAGAGACAGACAGGGAGCCAUAAGGGAAGCCCCCGGCCCUGUCUCGUGCUGCUCUCGUGCAGGUUAAGAGCCUCGGCUUUGAAGAGGAACCUUAAAUGUGCGGGAGCAACAAUCUCCAAGGGGUUUACCGCAGGAUAUACAGGGCUUUGAACCCUCCACCGAUGGACUUUGGGUCCCUUAUUUACCUCAAAGGAUUCGUUCCAAUGUGAUGAUAUAACUCGAUGGAAGAACCUGUUAUGCUUAAAAAUAACAUAAGGUAUGUCUCCUGUGCUUAGUUUAAGUCUGAGGGUUUAAAAUUUAGAAACAGUACAAGAGUUAUUGGAAGGGUUGGAGGAAUUGAACCUCAUGUUUUUACUUAUAUCAGUCCCCUGAGGUUAUUAUUGCUCUCUUUGAACCCUCCCCCCUGGCUUAUGGAAAAACUCCACUCCAGAGAAAUAGAAAAACUUCACACACUUUUUUUGUCCAGUACGAAAAGAAAUAAGUGUGAAAGUCUUAAGGAAAGGACUUCUUUGCUGCUUUUUUUCAGCUUUGUGCCGUGAUUGCACUUGACCUUCAGAGAUCACACAUGUAACCUGAAACUGUGAAUGGUGUUAAUGAGUGGCAGGGGCCUUGUGGAGUCAAAUAAACGAUGUCACUCCAUAAACAAACUUCAUAUGCCCUGAAAGCACAGACAGCCGGUAUCAGAUAACAUAGGGAUGGCUGCGCACAACUGAGUUGUACAAACCAUGUCUUCAAACGCAGCUUGGCGUCUUUCAUCACUCAAAACACAUGUGUUUAUGAGCACGUCUUUUUGACUGCCACUGCCCAGAGUCUCUGAAAGCUCGGCCUUUUAUAAGCUAAGAAUACAUGGUGAGUUGACCUGAUUUAUCAGACACAAAGAGAGGCGCAUGGCUGCUCUUUUCAAAGAAAAAGGGAAAGCUCGAGGAGUUGAAGUAAUAACCCAGAAGACUUAGAGGUGCAAGGGGUCUCUUCUCUCAUUAACAGGUAGAAUAACAGUAAAAAAGGUUUAAACAGGAGACCCCAAAUGCAGGGCCCUCACAGGGGCCUCAAGGGGCCAACAGACUGGAAAUGCCACAGGACAGGCGACAGAGGCAGCUAACAAGCACACACACACACACCUCUCAUUGCCUUUCCUCUUUCUUUCUCAGCUCAUUAGGAUCACUGAACAAUGAUUCCUGCUGAAGGAGAAAGAGGGAGGAAGGACAUGGUUCUACUUUUACAGCCCUCGUAAUCUCUGUCCUGAAUUAAAUAAAGCAACUAGUUAAGGCAGACCAGAGUUUUACAGACACAUGCCGUGUAAACGCCAGCCUGGCUGUUGGUGCCCUUGCGGGAUCACCACCUGGCUGUGCCAACCAUUUGUGUUGGUCCCCGUCCAAGAAACCACCAGCGGCAAGUAAGAUUUGAAUUUUGUCGAUCUCAUACCAGUAAAGGUGACGUAACAUUGGCCAAAGAAUGUGAGCAUACACAGCAGGUUGCCUUGGUUUAACGCCAAUGAGGGAGCCAAAACCUGACCCUAGUUAGUCUAUGACUGAUUAAGCCCUUAUGGCCAAAGGAUACAAGAAUAGGAAAUAAAGGCACAUUAAGCUGUCAGAUACUUCCUAUAAGCAAGUUUUUGGGCAGAGUUUCCAAUCUCAUGGAUGAAACAACAUAUUACAGCCUUGUUUCCUGCUCCACAGGGUAACUGGACUCCUUUCCUGUAAUAAUUUGCUAAACUUGAAAGCUUUUUUUCAGCUCUGAGAGGCCGGGUUAACUCUACGAAAAAGGGUCGUUCAGUUUUCUUUUAGACUGCAGAAAAAAAAAAGCUUGAAAAAAAAAACCUCAUGAAGAAUUAUGGAGAUUUUCACACUCACAUCGCUGGCAAGCUCAUAUUCCCUCGUAUCCUACAUCCACUGUGAAUCUUCCAGAGGUGCGAAAAUCUGCCAGCUAUCCCUCACUAAUAGUAACAAACUCAGCAGCAUGACAACUUGUACAUAAAUCUACUUGUAGGAUGUCAGCACUGAGGUUUCCCUGCAGAUGCCAGAGGAGAAAUCUGAGUCAAAGCGUGCCCAUUUUCCAAACUUACACCCAAGCCUUAACCAGCAGUAAUCUGCCUCACAAAUGCAGACAAAGGCAACCGCUGCACUGUUUUUUAUGAUGAAAAACUCAAACUUUGAACAAUUUCAGAUUCCUGGAUGUCAAUCCUAAACUCUGCAUAUACCACAUUUAGCCCUUUAAGCGUCUUGAGGAAAGAAGAUUUAUUAUCCUUGAUUUAUUCUGCUCAUAAAUGAAAACGUUUGACGAGAUGCAGAGGGUCAGUUCGUUUCGUUUGCCAGUGUCAAGUCGUAUAUCUGGCCAAGACUUAGCUGUGGCUGUUACUUUACGACUCUGAAAAUCCUCUUGGCAGUCAGAGCACACACACACAGACACACACACACUAACACAGACACACAUACAUUUGUACUAUUAGCCAUCUUCAUUUGGUCACACCAUACAAUAUACUCUGACAUUUUACUUUUCUGAGGGUACAGUGGUCUGUGCACACUAAUAUUGUUUCCCCUAAGUCUCCCCAUCCAAACCACUCCACAUUAUUGCAAUGGCAGAGAUGUAAGCAGGCGUUCAAAUUGAGGUCUGGCAGGGUUGCCUGAGGUUGGAUCUACACACUCUGUCAGGGAGGGAAAGUGGCUUUUCCAUAAUUUCUCCUGUCUGAGCUGGAUGUCGGAGCGCUGCUCUCGACACUCAACACUUCACAGAUAUCCAACACUAUCACUGCUGCAAGUGAUAAAACAGACAGCUGGGCAAGCCAAACACAAGCAUAGCGUUAAAUCUGAGGGAUAGAGCCAUGGAGGUGAGGAGGAGAAAGAAAAAGACAGGAGCAGAGUUAGCAGCUGGCUCGGGGAGCUGAUGUGCGGACGCUUGCUGCAGUGGUGGAAGUGAUUAAGAUGUGGCAGUGCCAUCUGCUGCUCAGAAAGAUACUUUGAGCGGUCAAUGCACAUAAUUAGACUCCUAAUUUAGAACUAUGUGACCAUCAACAGCACAUAAAGGCCUUUCAGUCAGAUUUGAUUUACCAAUAUUUUAGCCAAAUUUCAGAAAAAAUACCAUCUUCAAGUCCUCUUUUAAAAGUUAACCAAAGCAUAAUUUUAUGAGAUAUUUCAUUUUUUCCUUUCCACCAAACAUUAACCAUAGACCUCUGAUUCGUCACCUAUUAAAAAUUGGUCAUACAGUCCACAGCUGUCCCUCUCUGUCCAAACAAAACUUGCCCAAACUUAAACAUGUCUGAUCUCAUGUUUGUAGUUAAGCUAUAGAAAUGUGGCACUUUGUUGAAACAGCAGGAAUUGAUAACUCUUUGAGUGGGUAUUAAGUGCUCGGUAAGAGUAUCCCUGGGAGGCCCCACAGUAAGAAUAUCAUAAUCCCAGCAAGCGUCUGGGCCACUUUAAUGACACUAAGACCCAGACAGAAAAUUACCCCAAGUGUUAACUUUUUCUCACAUUUCUGUUGGCAUUAAUGAUUUAUGUGGAAGUGCUCUGAACCCGGCGGUGGCGUCAGGUCUGAGAGGCAAUUAGGGUUUAUGAGGGGUCCAAUCCCUGCAAUUUCCAAUAACGAUUCACACGUGAGUGAGCGCGUCUUAAGGUUUUGGGAUAUUUCACUUAAACAGCUUGAGAUACUGCACCGUUUCGGAGACGUUCUGCGCAAUUACAACCCAACGACACACUGGUAAUUUAGUUAAAAUAAAAUAAAAAAGGUUCCUCUGUGAGAUGCCUGUUAAAACAAAUUAACACCCCAAGGAAUCGUUAUGUAUUUAUGACCUUCUAUUAUCGUUCGUUUCACCUCCGCUGAUCCUAAAACCCGGUGCCAUGCUGUGCGUAAAAUUAAUUUCAAUUAUACGUUUGUAAACAAUGAUAUGAUGAAUAUUACCUGUGUGAGGAUGUUGUAUUUCUUGGUGCUCCCGCCGUGACCCGUGGCAGAGCGGUUUGUUGCGGGUGUAGGUGUCUCCUCCAAAAGAGCCGGCUUGAUGGAGUUCGCCUUCGGACGCGCGUCUGAUCCAUGGGAUGUACCCGUUUUUAGCGUGACGACGAGAAACAUCACAACACAGUAUUUAUUCCAGGUGAAGACGAACAUCCUUGGAGAAAUAAAUAUUAAAAUUUCAAAAAGAAAAAGAAAAAAAUGUACCACUUGAAUAACUUUGUGAUGCAAAAAGAAAUGACGCCGCUCAAUGAGAAGUGCGCGCCCUGUCAGUGUCCAUGCGCCACACUUGCCCGACAACAGCAGAGAGAGGGUAAGAAUGAAGCCAAGGUUUUGUUCCUGAAAAUCAGAUAUUUAGAGGAAUGACUGCCAUCGACACAGUCAUCUGAAAAACACAGAGAGCCCAGUGUGGAGAGGAAACAAUGAAGAAGAGAGUCUGUUAAAAUGCUGAUGCUCUCGGGCGCAGAGUGAAACUUGACAGGAGGUUUACGCUCUCACUCUGUCUGGAUGAGAGUGUGCGCUUCAGUCCUGCAGCCGGCUGUUUUAUGAUCUCGGAUACUUUCUUUUUAUAGGAUUCUAAUGAGUUUGCUUCCUCCGCCCCUAUCCUCGACUGACAGAGACUGAAACCGAUCUGUGCGCGCCACUGCUGCUCGCGCAUUGUCGUCUCGACACUGGCACCAGCAUUGCCGUUGGGAGAAACCUAUAAAAUUAUACACAGUGUGUUUUAACUGGGCGCUUGACCCUCUUUACUGCGAGGCGGUGGGGCGCAGGAAAAUGGAAAAAAAAACAGGGUUAGUCUGCUUUGAGGAGGGUUUAAAGGUAACGUGGAGUAUUUUUUCCACUAUCAAAGACUGAAUCUGUUUCAGGAAAGUGAUACCUGUAUGCGUAAAAAUCGAGAAUGUGGAGCAUUCAUGAACCGAGAUUUCCCAGAGAAUUAAACAGUUAUGUCAAAUAUGAAAUAUAUAUGAGCAGGAGGCGUUUCAGUGUCCAUUUAACCAGCAUUCCUGAAUAACUUAGAACAAAAACCUAUCUGAUAACCAUUGUUUCUCCUCUGUGGGAAAGGCAUCCCUCAUGGUGCAGUGAAUGCCAUAGUGAUAAAGUUAGUGAUAAAAGUAUAAUAGAGGCUCUUUUGUUUGAUUCUUGGGCCUAAUCAGGAUAAGAUAUAUUCAUAUUAACUAUAGAUAAUAGAUGUGGAGGGACAAUGAACCCUUUCAGCUGCAGGCAGGUAAAAGCAGAGAAAAGGAGAGAACAAUGUUUUUAGUGAAGGAACAUUGCUUCUGUCUGGACAUGAAGCAUUUAGCUGAUGUUAUCAGUUUAUAAACUACAGUUUAUGGAAGUGUGUUUAGAUGAACUGUAGUUUCUGCAUUCCUACAUUACCAUGAUGUGAGGGUUUCUAAAUUUAGCUGCAGCUUCAAAACAGUAACAUUCAAGAAUUCAUCCCUAAAAUCCACAAAUCCAAAGUGAAAUUACAAAUCCCACUGCAUUCAAACUCAUGCACCCUAUUCAAGUUGUCAAACCACCUUUCUCUUACUUGCUGUCCAACUCUACACCUCGUAAUCUUCACACAAGUUUGAGGUAUCUGAUGAAGUCUGGAGGCUCGGCGGGGCUAGGAUGAAACCAGUACACCGGUAAAGGCUUCUGACCUCAAAAGCGAUCCAUCACAGGCUCCAAUUCAAAGUGUCAAGUUCUUUUGUUUGAGACAAUAGACAACCAACUGAAGCAGGGAGUGGGAGGAAGUAUUGGACUUGUUUGAUGUAACUUUAGAGGCUCAGAGGUGAUACUAUUUUAGCCACCUUUGUCACCCGAGUGUAGAGUGAUUUACUUUGAAAGACAGCCAUCAGGAUCUUGCUUUGUACAGCAAACGUGUUUUCAAGCAAUCGUCCAUUCUCAGGAGAAAAGUUUACGCUGGACAUCAAAAUCUGAUUUUUUAGAACAUUGCACUCCACAAAAUAAACCAGUGCAUUUGAUGAGAUUUAAGUGACUUGCUCUGUUGGAUAAAUGAAAGAUUAUGUUCAAAUAACCAAGCAAAACAAAAAGCGAUGCCUCAUAGAAAACAGUUUGAUUUAUUCCAUAAAUUUUCCAGCUGGACUUCAGUGUUUUCGAUGCUGCUGAUUAAACAUCAGAAAAAGUCCCUCAAAAGUGGCUCAAAUUGGACCAGAGGGGACCAGAGCAGGCCUGGUUUGGAGUAUCUAUGGCAUUUCAAACACAUUAAUCAUUUUUAAAACAUGUGAGCAGAAAAAAAGGAGUCACUUAAAAUGACAUACUGCUGAAACCCUGGAGGACAAAAAGCAGCAUGUUGAUGCCUUGCUGCUGAUAACUGCGAAGACUUCUUGAAGAAAAAAAGCAGAUGGAGCAAGACAGGCCUGAGUAACACUGGUAAAGUAUCCUGUUGGAGGAGGUUGGUCUGAUUUUUUGGACACCAAAGCCUCCGGUGUAUGCCAUAAACUUUUUACAUUUUACGCUGAUUUGUUCGACAUAGUUUUGUGAAUUUCCUCCUCCUGCUGUGAUAGUCCUUGUAACCUUAGGAUUAAAAUGCCUCGAAGGAUGUCACCAAUUAGUUUUAGAGAAACAAGACAGGAAACAGGCUCAGUGUCUUCACAGCUUGGCUUCACAGAAGUACAGAGAGGAGCACCUUGGCCAAGAUCUGUGAUUGUUUUCUUGGCUCACGCGGUUGGAAAGAGUUUAUUGUAGGAUCAUCUUGUGCUCUUACAUGCUAUCAUGACUGCAGCCUCCACACAACAGUCACAUAGGGACACUAUUUUGCAUUGUUACCACACUGAUGACAUAACCCAUGCACAGCCCGAUAAGCAAAAUGUCCAAACUGUCUGUAAGAUGAUAUCAAAAUCACCCGACAAUGGAGAGAAACCACAGUAUUGUCUGUGUGCAAUCUGUUUUGAGUGAUGAUUUAAGUCGUAUCAUGGCAGGUAGAUUCCUCUGAUGCUGGCUGGAAAACCUUGGCAUCACUUGCAGGUGAAUCAUAACUGGAAAAGGUCCUCCUCAGUGGAAUAAUAGUUAUGUUAAUGCUCACAGAGACAGUCAUGAGACACAGGUGGUCAUCUGCCAGGCGCCACAGUCUCUCUCUCUCUUUCUUGCUGACGUGGCCAAGAGCUUGGGACGAGUAGUAUAAAUACAGUUUAAGAAAGGUCAAAGCCUUAGGGUUGUGUUUGAUUAUUGAGUAACACAUGAGAGAAUCAGACUGCUUUCAUCCAUGUUUUCUCUGUCAGCAAUAGUUGACAUGAUUCUGUGAAAUAAGACAACAUAUCAUCACCUUAUGGUUCCCCUUCCAUCUGUAGAGAAUUUUAACAUCUUUCAGCUCAUUGUUUUGGUUUUGAAGCCAGCAAGUUUGAUACUGUGAUUCAUUUUGUCAGGACUCAAAUGUAAAAAGCUAUGUUACCGCUUGAAGAAUACGCAUGUUGGGUGUCCCUAGGUAGGACUACUAGUCAGUUGAACUCAGUAUUUCUAUCACUGUAGGCCUGAAAUUCCAGGGAAAUAUUGUGUCUAUAUUGCCGCCGUUAGCCACCAGCUGGGGCUGUAGCUCAGGUUGUAGGUCACUGCCACACUAACAUAAUGCUCUACUACGUUAGGGUGACCAUACUUCCUUUUUACCCGGACAUGUCCUCUUUUUGGGGGGCUGUCCGGCUUUGUCCAGGGAAGUUUAUAAAAUCCUUCAAAUUUCUGCGGUUUUGUACGUAAGUUUUGAUUUUGUGUCACAUGGACUUACUGAGUUAGAAGCGCGUAAAAGACACUCGAUCCAACCGGAAAAACUCUCAAAAUAAACUUCUUGCGACUCUGUGACUCCACCCCGUGUAGUUGUGACCUCUUUUUGGGAAGUCAGAAUAUAAUCACUCUACACUACCUGGAAGUAAAUUAGCCCAGUGGUUUGGCAAUAAUUUUAUCUGCAACAUAGAAAACAGAGCUAACAUUGUUGACAUACAUUGGCUGUGUCUGGUUAAACAACCACUUGACGGAAGCAAUAUGUAACCAGCACUGGCAUGUGGGUGUUAAGCUAAAACGAGGACUCAAGGGCGGUGGUUCUAGCUCUGCUAAUGCUAGCCACGCUUUAAGGCAAAAAAAAAAUAAUCUGAUGCUUCCAUGUGCCAUGCUUGUGUGCAUGUAUGAGCAAUCAUGCUUUGCUGAAGUCCACCUCUUCCACUCAUGCAAGGGUGAAAGAAGAACCGUGCUAGCAAGGUACAAAGCUCUGACAUCGUGCUAGCAAACUGGACUUGAUUGGUCAUUCGGGGUUAAACAUGCUUGAGUACUGUACAGACUGAGGUAGUUAGAAUUUUGAUUUUAGUUAAAAAAAACUACAACAGAAAAUUGGUUGAUAUAGAACAUCCCAAAUACUCAUUUAAGCACAGAUAUUAUUCAUAGAUAAAUAAAAAGGUACUUCCAAAUGUUUUUUGUUACUUGAUUGUUAAUUUGUUAUGUUUAAAGAAGAUAAUUUUUGGUCUAUUUGUUGCACCGCCCCAGGGCAGCCAAGAAACUAUAGAGUGCGAUAGAAAAUGAAUAUUUGUAAAGGUUUUCAAAUUAAAAGUUUCACGAAACAUCUUUGUGUGCGGUCAAUGUGUCGUCAAUCGAGUCUUUUCAAAAACAUCAAAAAACAACCCAACUGAAUGAACCUCAAGACUGGAUGAGGACUCUCUUGUUGGGAUGGUAACAAAUCUCCGAGGUUGUCUCUUUUUCCCUGAGAGAUCUGGUUGCUCAAGAGACUAAUCUUCAAUGACUAAUACUUUGAUUUCAUACAUCAAAACAUUCUGGCAAUUUGGUAAAGUGGGUUUACAUGGUUUUUAGUGAUCAUCUCCCAAACGUUUCUCUGGUGAUCCUCUUUGUCCACAGAUAAGGACUUGCAGCUGGAGAAAAAUCCACUUUAUUAAAUCAUUUCUACUUCCUUAUUGUGCCUUUUUUCUCUUGUUUGGAUUGUGCACAUGGUUUUCUUGGUCAAGUCAGUCUGGCCCUCAGGCUAGGAAAAGCAAAAGAGAUAUAUAGGUUCUUUUUGAUCUUGUUUUUCUUCAAUUUCUUGUUAUCUGAUUGAGCUCACAUUGUAGUUUAUACAAUGCUGCUUUCAUCAGAGGGUGAUGACGUUGUGUAUAUAAUUAAUUAGAGAUGAGUUUAAGCAGUAGUCUUGACUGCUGUGUGAAGACCCACCUACAAAACGUUAAAUUCCUGGGGUUCAAGUGAUUGAGGGUUGAUCCUUUUUCUGUAACUGAAGACGGUGAGGAGCAGUUUCGCUGUGGCACAGAGAGACUGGUUCUUAUUAAUGGAUCACACAGUCCGGUUUCACCCUCCUGGUUGACCACCCGCAGCCAUGCAUCAGCACAACACAUCAGUCAGCCCACCCCGAGUCUGCCUUUGAUUCGGGGUUGUUCAGAAACGUGGGUGUUUAUGUUCUGUGCAGAAUGGGGUUCCCCACAGUUGAGACCCAGCAACAUGUCCGUAAAUCACACUCUGUUGGUGUGGUGGAGCUCAGCGAAAGGCUGUCCCGCUGACUUUGAUGUGACUCACACAGAACAUGCAUAUGGACUACACCCAUGCUAGAUGAUAAACAAAUGAUCCAAGAGUCUGUCUGUCUGUCUCUCCCCUCUUUAGCAGAUCAGUACCUCUGUGGCCCACAGAUGUGAGCUGGCGGCCUGAUGACGCGGUUCAUAAGGCAGGUGGCUAACCAUAAAUGCGUCGGGCCAGGAGGAAACAGGUCCGGUUCCAGAAAAUGAGCCUGUUGGACGUCAGAAGAAAAACACAUUCGUUGGGAGUUGUUUUGAUUCUAAGUGCAGAUGACUGGUCUUAAUUUUAUUACCAACAUGUUUUAGAACGACGUGGAUGAUGGAUUUUCUGGAAAUUUCUUUUCAUUAAGAGUCGUUUCCGAACAGGUUUUUUUUUUUUUUUUUCCUUUUCUUGACGAAAUCCUUGAUAAGGACAAGCACUUGUAGAGAUGAGUACAUAACUGGAAAGUUUUAUUUCAACACUUUCCAAAUCAACUAAAAUAAACUUCCUGGUCAUAUGUUUACAAUUAAGGGUGGGCUUUAUAACAGAUACAAGGCCAGAAAUUAAGAAAUUGGGAUCAAAGGCUUUUGUCCAACCUAGUAUCAAACUCUUAUGUUCAGCAGAGAAUAAAAUACUUUUGACCAGAAACUGUUUGUCACCAAAAGUGAACAAAUAGAUGCUGUUUAAUACCUAUACAUACCCCAUAAUGCAUUUGCAUCACAAUAUUUUAAACUUUAACCUUAUUUUGAAGAGGGGAACAUUUUAAAACUAACAGAAGAUGUUGGCAGCAGGACAGCUGAUUUACAAGCUCGACUGAAAGCUCUUCUGAGGAGUUUUCAAGUGGUCGUGUAACAGACUGAAAUUUAAAGUGACACCUCUCUUAAAAGCAACAAUAGCAAACAAGGCCAGGAAGAAAAACAGACUGUUAAAAGAAAGCACGAUAACAGUUUUGGUCAAGGGUACAAGGACAUGUGUUGCUUUCGAUGUUUAGUUCUUUACUUAAGUAGUUCUGAUCAAGUGGAAUAAAGCAACUGAAAUCAUUUAAGCCAGUGGUUCUCAACUGGUGGGUCCCGACCCAUAAGUGGGUCACAGAUACAUUCUGGAUGGGUCACAAACAGCUGGUCCAAAAAAGUAAAUAUUUAAUGUGAUAUUUAUUAGAUAUUUGAUAUUUUCCGUAUAUGAAACUGCAGUAGUUGCCGUCCUCAUGUUGUCCCCUUCAUGUGCUCUGAAAUGCACUUUACCCAAUAAAACAAGUGGAUUUAUGUUAAAGAUUAGAGUCUUUAAAGGUUUUUUUUAUAUAUAAAAAAUAAAUUUGCUUGGUUUGAAUUCUAUAAAAGUGGGUCACGACUUAAAGACCAUGGGGAAAUGUGGGUCCCAGAGUGAGACCAGUUGAGAACCACCGAUUGAAACCAUUGUUCAAGCAAUACUCCAUCUACAUAUACAGUGAACAUCCUGCAGCUCUGAUCUGCAUCCUAAACCUACUCACUUCAAUCAAAAGUCAAACACUGCUUCAUAACUUUUUUUCACAUUCCAGGAAGAUGAACUGGAGGUUGCAGUGAGCCGUGGGUGCGCCUCUUUUGAAGUGGACAUGUUGCUUUGCAGAUAAUUGUUCCUAUCCUCUCAUUUCCCAGGAAGAUGGAUUAGACCAUUUCCAAAGAGUCAGGCCUUCAGCUGGGAACAUGAAUGCACCCUGUUUCUGCCUUUAACUGACUCAGAUAAUUUAAUCGAUAACAGUGACCCUUCCCUCGCAGAAUGCUGACCACAUGAAAGCUCCUGGGGUCCUGGUAAUCAAGCGCCCAGAAGGCCAUUCCUGUCUCUGAAUCAAACGAUGCCCUCAUCGCCUUGGGCUGUCUGAAGUGUCGCCACACAGAGACACACUGUCACUGCUGCUCUUGUCAUGUGAUGCCUGUCCUCCUGAAGUUUCACUAUGGGCAGUCGAUAUGAGAGGAAAGGCACAUUUGAAAUUCCAGUGUGCUGACUCGCAGCCAGGCCAGAGAGUUAAAGCAAAGGCACAGGUAUCAGUCUGCACAAUAGCGUGCAUACAUACUGAGCUUUGUUAAUUUUACCACUGAGGCCACUGUGAUAUUACAUGGGAGGAGGUAGGAUAAAUACAGUUGUCUACACUGAGGUUGACAUAUUUGAAGAGAAAAUCUCAGCCUGUGGUUCAGACUAGCAUGAACCACGAAUAACAGGCACCAGGUACAUGUUCAGCAGAGCUGCCUGUGUGCGCUGGGGAGAACGUCUGGCAGCUUGUGGCCGACUCUCCAAAUGAGAUUUAUGAUGUGCCUGACCAAUAUAGACUAUAAAUACCAUGUUCUCAUGAUAAACUGUGAUUUUCCAAAUAUUCCACUGAAUCAAUAUGGUAAACCAGAAAAUUAGAUAAUACCAUGUGUGGGACUUUAAUAGCAUAGUUUGAGCCCAGCUCUGCAUGGACAGCAAAGAUAAAUGUAUGCUUAAUUGUUCCUGCUGAGAUCCCCAUGUGGAGUGUUGAUUAGAUUUGACAGUAAUAGUGUUUUAAUUGAAGCCAGCCCCGGCCAAAUGUAUGUGAGCCUAGUGGUAUACAUGCUAUGCCUGGCCAGCGCAUACACUCGGCAGUUUACCCUAAAGUGUUUUAAAAUGUCGGCAGUAAUUGAAAUAGCAUACAAUUUUGGUCUGCAAACUCGCAGAUCUGUCUGUAUACGAAUAGUCACAGUGUUUUCAGGUUUUGUCGGUACUCUAACAUAGAGCUGUAUCAGCAAGUUAACAAAUUUUAAACAAUAGUUAUACAGUGUGAUGUAUAGUUGAAAAAGUUUAAGACAGACAUGAGUAACUAACCUCAUGCAGAAUCUAAGUAAUUUGAGUAGUUUAUAGACUAACAUGGCGUCAAGGUCAUACUUUUCAGAGCAGAUUUCCAUUUCUUCUGCCACAUUAACCCGUUUCUCAUAAAUACCCAAAAGAUUUUCUGUUUUUGCCUUGAUUAAAACAUCAUUUUGGUGUUUAGCAAAAUAACCCCUUGAACUUGAACAUGUUUUGGCAAGCUUAUGCACCAAGUAAUAAAUCUGUAAUUUUGUGAACAAAACUGUGUAAUUUUCUUUGUUUGCUGUUUUGUGAAGUGCUCUGUGAGGUUUCCUUCCCAGCUCCGUUUUGGUGUUAAAUUCACAAACAAUGUUUUUUCUGUUGUUGUUGUUUUUUUAUGCAUUCUUGUGUCUCAACCAUAGACUGUAUAUACUGUGGAAAACUUGGUUCCACCUUCCGCCAGUAUACUGACUUGUAGCUGGAAAGCUCUGGGUAUUUCCAUGAUUUUUCUUCAUUUCGUGUAACCAACAUUGCGCAGUAGCGAUGUACGCACUCCACCACUUGUGCAGUAGUAUUGUACGCAUUCGGCAGGAUUCGCUGAGAGUCGCUGUGAUGACGUGCGGCUCAAACAGCGUAUCCCCCGGGUGAGCUACGCAAUCCUUGUACGCCCAUAGGCUGUAUCUAGUGUCAAUCAUAGCAAACAUGAACCCCCUAAUAACUUUUAAAAAUGGAGCUGUACAGAAAAAAGAGGACUUGAGCACAAACCAGUCUUAUAAUAACUACAUGUCAACAUCGCAAGCAGGGGGAGAAAAAUUUAUAUUGUGUGUAAUAAAUUUCUAAAGUUUGUCCACAGGUCCAUAGGGAUUGCUGGAGGAGGUGGGAUUUAUGACCUAUACUGCAGCCCGUCACCAGAGGGUGCUGUUCUCGGAGUGGUUUCACCCAGCGAGGAGGCAGACGGCGUCCAUUCUAUAUACAGUCUAUGGUCUCAAGAAGCUGUUCGGCUUUAGCUAACGUAAUAGCACUGUACACACCCACUCAGCUGUAGAGCCAUAGACUAAGUAAAGCAGAGUUUGUGUCUGGUUGUUGAAAAUCCUUCAGUGUAAGAAGUUACUGGAGGGUCACCAAUCUUGCUUUGAAUAUUUGCAAAGGGUUUAUUCAUAGCAGCUAUUUUGUUUGUGUCAACUAAGCAAGGUGGCAGUUUUCAGAAAUGAGUUGUCAGCUAAACUAAAAAAAAACUUGCAGG